GUUUAGUAGUGGAGAUCGGUCCUCUGGAGCCGAAACCAGAUUCACUAUAGAGCGGGUUGUGCACACAGGACGCUACAGCACCAUGGAUCUGGAUGGGUGAGUGAUGCCACCAUCUUCAUUCAUUUGACGCAUAGAACGUUGAGAAUCCUGCAGCAGGUUCCAUGUUCUCUACGUGAUGCUUACAAUUUCUGUGCAGUUCUGCAUGCACUAUUUACUGUAUAUAUUCACAUGUUGUCGUCUCAAGCAACCGAGUCUUAGCAUGUAAUUACACACUUUUUUUUUUUUUUUUUUUUACUGUGUUAUCGUCUGCUCUGCAUACUGCAGGUAAACCGGUGUUUUGUGUGUUGUACAUCAUACAUUUUGAUGAGUAAAAAAAAAGGCAUACUCAGUUUGGAAACAGAUCUCCAACUCAGCAUUCUACGGCGUGUAAAAUAUACACACGAUGCCACAUUACACACAGAUUGUACACGGUAAUUCUAUACGCAUACAUUUUGUUCAAUGUUACAGAUGCACCCAAAGCAGACAUCUUACAGAGAGACACACAAACGUAGAAAGGCUGCAGAGAUUUUUGUUUUUCUUUGCAUGUUGCUCUCUGUAAAAACGUGCAUCCUAUUGCAUAUUUAUAUCUGCAUAUAAAUCAUAUGUGCAUCUAUAUACAUACAUAUUUGCAUGUUUCAGAUACACAGGUAGCUCAGUGUUACAGAGGCAGGCAAAUAAGGGGAAUCCAAAUACACGCAUAACUAUACCAUGCAGAGGGAAUUAUGCCACUGAUCUCAAAACCCUUUUUUAUUAAUUCAUAACAGGUGCUAUGCUGGAGUAGAGUGCUACAUAUGGCGAAAUAAUCCGACUGUUGAUUAGAUUUAACACGUUGCCCUAGAAUUGUUUUUGCGUUCAUACAUACACCUAUACAACCAAGCAGGAUAAUAGUAUGAGAAUUAGGAGAGCGUUCUCUUCAGUAUGUAAGCAAUGGUUGAAAAACUCAAGGGUUCUGGUUUUGUCAGAAUGCCUACUGGAACAUGAUUGGUAAAUACCUAAAUCCUGGACUGUUGGUGUAUCUUGAACUAGAAAUAAUUGCAUGUUAUCACUGGAGAUUCACAUUUAUGUGCAUGUUCCCUUAAGAUAUCAUGAGCAGACCUACCAUAAUGAUUUAGUAAGAGUAGCAAAUGUAAUGUAAGGAUGCUCAUUACUUAAAUGUGUGAAGAUUAUACUCUGUCCAAUAUAUUACGCGUCACUAUGUCUUACACAUAAUAAAUGUUUUAUCCAUACACACCACUGUUAAAUACACAAAUAGCGAAUUUAAACACAAGGACAUCACUUGACAGUACAUGCCACACUAUUUUUUGUUUUAUUUUUAUGUUGCUGAUAUACAUAAUAAUACAUAAUAAUUUGGCUCCUUUCUAAGAAUUGUAUACAAUAUAUGCAACAAGGGUACUGUUUCACUCGGAUUUUUAAGUUAUUCUGUUGCGUGUGAUUUGCAGUAUAAGAAAGGACUGGAUUUUACUGCAUGGGAAAUUUUCCUAUCUAACAGAUUUUCAGGGAUAUUCACUAAAGUGAAAUUCAAAGUUAAUUUCAAAUUUAAGGUCAAAGUAGCCAAGGUGGUCUAGGUGCCAACUCCCACCACCCUUAACCAUGCAAGUGUAAUUAUUGCAUUUUCUUUAUAAACUGCAAUAAUUACUUUGCAGGGUUAGGUCCUCCUCUAGUGGCUGUCUGUCAGACAGCCACUAGAGGGACUUCCGGUUUCUUAAUAUACAAAAAGUUUUAUGUGUUAAACGACGCUUGACGUCCUCACGCUAUUCAUGGGGACCUCCAGCGUCGUUGGAAUCCCCAUAGGAGGGGAGGUCUAAUGCACGUGGCUGGCGGGGGAGGAGCGUGGGCGGAGCCUAACCCAGCACCGAGGGACAUCGGCGCUGGAUUCAGGUAAGUCACUGAAGGAGUUUUAACCCCUUCAGCAACAUGGGAUGAGGGCUGUGGGGGAUAUGUUUUCCUGACACUGGAGAGUCCCUUUAAAAAUUCUCUAACUCAGCUAUGCUUUUAGGUCGGCUAUUGUGGCCUUAAAUUUUAAAUUCACUUGGAAUUCGUACUUUAGUGAAUAACCCUGUUUGUCAUUAGUUUCUAUGGCAAUCUUAGGGAUUAUAAAGAAUAUCUAACAUCCUUUACAUUUGAACUUGUGCUCAGUGAUAGAGCUUAUUUUCACUGAGUUUGGCUUAGUGAAUUUUACAUGGUUUCUCACUUAUUCAAGGAUUUCAAAUUGUAGGCCAAAAUAGUUGGAUUGAAAAGGAUUCUCAAGCUCACCUACGUUUCCAGCUUAAUUUGACCUAAAAUAUUUAAGAGAAACAGUUUUUUAUAAGAGUAAAAGUCCACCUCUAGACCACCUCUCAGUCAGCCACUAGAGGGACUUCCCCUCAAUCUUUGCAGGACCUGUGUUCAGUGUCUCCACACUCAACACUGAGAUGCUGAAUGUUCCAUAAAGAGAUGCACUGAUUUAAUGCACUUAUAUGAGAAGAUGCUUAUUGGCACAGUGAGACAGUUUGCCUUGUAUACAAACUAGCCUCACAAUGCUUACCUAUGGGGAAGCAUUGGAUUGGCUGAGAUAAUAAAGACCGAUGAUAUCAGCCAAGUCGGCAGUGCAGAAGCAUAUAGACCAGCAAAGCAAGAGCUAAAAGUUAAGAAAAUUUGUAUUUUUUAAUGCAGGAAGGGAGGUGUACAUCUAAAUAGUUGGCAGAACACUACAGCACUAGCAAUACAUGUUUGUAUUAUUGCCAUUUAUAUAACGCCAACAGAUUCCGUAGCGCUUUACAAUAUUAUGAGAGGGGGAUUUAACUAUAAAUAGGCCAAUUACAAAAAACUUACAGGAACAAUAGGUUGAAGAGGACCCUGCUCAAUCGAGCUUACAUUCUAUAGGAUCAUCAGAAGUGGUGGUCUGAGCCGAUCACAAUGCUUCCCCAUAGGAUUGACUUAGACUGUCAAGGAGGCAGAUCAGGGGCAGAGCCAGCACAAGCCAAACACAGCCCUGUCCAUUCAGCAACUGCUCAUAGAGAUUGACUGAAUCAAUACCUCUCUAUGAGGAAAGUUCAGUGUCUGCAUGCAGAGGGUGGAGACACUGAAUGUUGUGAUGCAUACUAGGCAGGACUGCUUAAGGAAGGACCUCUAGCGCCCAUCUGAGGAGUGGUCAUCGGUGUUAUCACUAGAUUGUAAUGUAAACACUGUCUUUUCUCUGUAAAGACAGUGUUUACUGCAAAAACCCUGAAGUGAAUGAUUCUACUCACCCGAACACAUGCAAUAAGCUGUAGUUGUUCUGGUAACUAUAGUGUCCCUUUAAGUUGUCCCAAUAAAUUACAGAACCCAGUUCAAUACUCCUAAAAUAUAUCACCUCAGGCAUGCACAAACCCUAUUACACACCUCUCCUCAAGGCUGUAAACUAGAUGAAGAGGGCAAAUUCAAUUCACUUACAUUACUGUUUGAUAGACCUCAUUCAGCACUAUUAGCACAUUAGUAAAUCAUUAUGAUGUUAAAGGCUUCCAUUCUCUGUUUGGUUUCUUUGUAGAAUAUUGUUGAUAUGAGUGUUGUUUCUCACUUGUUAGUGUGUCCGGCAGUGAGUAAUGUUCUCACUGAUGUGAAAGUCAAUACUACGUCCAUAAUAUCUUCUUGCCAUGCACAUGCUCAGUGUGUGAGUACACAAAAUCUUCUUCACAUGCACAACAUAUGUAAUCUGUGCACACACAGCAAGGACAGCAUUUUUCAAAAAUCUUAAAACUUUUUCUCAUUUUGUCUUAUGAUCUCUUCUGAGCUCAUUGGAAUUUCAGUGUAUUCUAAAUGUGUUUUUGAUAAUGACUCUUUGUUUAUGAAAAAGUUAAAUGUGACAGUUUUCCAUUUCACGCAAAAUAAAUUCUUUAAAAGCAAUAAUAUGCUUGUAUCUUGUCCUUUCCAGAAACUUCCCUAAAAUACCCUAAUCUAAUGACAUGUUCAUUUAGCAGUGUGGCUUUUGAGAAUUUUUAUUGAAGUAACAGAGGAAAUUGUUUGUAAUUAAAGACAGAGUAUAUAAAUGUGUUCCCUGGAUAAUCGUAGCCACCCCACAGAAUACACAGCUUCGGGUGUGGCUGGAGUUGUGAAAGAGUUAAUGAUUAGUCCCUUUAAACUCAUGCCAUGCAUAUGUAUGUGUGUUGGUGUUUCAAAGGCUUGUUUAUAAUGACAUCAUUUAUUCACUAUGAAAUUGCAGCAGCCACCCACUACAUCAGAACACAGUGAAAAUCUUCGUCAGUUGAAAAUAAGUUUUACAUAUGUUUUUUGGCAGCACAGUCUCAGUUUCUCUACCCAUCCCUCCAUCCAUUGCAACAUGAAUAAUCUAAGUACUUUUUCAGAGAAUCCUAUCAUAAUCACAAACCAGGCAAACUGGACUCAAAUAUCAUUCAAAGUCACUUCACACUAUAGAUAAGAAAGAGAAGAAUUAACCUCUUUAUAUGGAAAAGAUCCAUAUAGCCCCUUUUGUUGCAGCAAUACACUACUUUGUGUGUUCUGUAAAUACGUAGCUACUCCAUAACAGUAAUGCAAACCCCAGUAUGUGUGCCUGUUACAGUAACAUGCAUUUUCUCUUGCAAACUCUUGUUUGUAUGUUAUCAAUGUAGUUCAUGAAUAUAAUAAAUGUUAACCCUAUGCACAAAUGACCCCCCUAAGCUCCCUGUUUAGUAUAAGAUGUUUGUAGUGUGCAGUGUUAUACAGUGCUUAACAUACUUCAAAUGCUAAUUUCUAUUGUGAUAUAACGCACAUAGGAUCUGUUGUAUGAAUAUUGUAAAAAAAAUUCUGAUCUAUUAUUAAACUAAAAUAAUUUUGCAUUCAUCUGUUGGCAAAUUAAUAUAUGAAUUUGACCACAAAUCUGUCUUGGUAAAAUCAACACAAUUUGCGUUAUUCAUUAAAGUAGGAAUUGUCAGGGAUUCAAUGCGAAUUUCAAGGACUUUUUAGGACAAAAUAACCAAACUCAAAACAUAACUAACACAAAGAUAAAGCACGCGCUUACAGCAGCACAAGCUUAGUAUCCAACAGCUCAAAAUACAUAGUAAAAACAAAGAGAACGUUACCUGCGCUCUGGCCUAAAUCCCUAUGUACAUUUAGGAAAGUGUAUUGUAUGUGUAGAAGCCCUAUAAAGGGUUAAAUGUGAAAGGGUUUAUAAAAUACCCCUUCCUGGCUCAUUGGAGAUUCUUGGCUGAUAUCAGCAAAUCUAAUGGCUAGAGUAGGACUCACCUUUUGGGGCUUGCCUUGACGUGGCAGGUGAGCUUAUAUUCAAAUGGCCAUUGGAAUAAAACUAAAGAGCCUCCAUUUUGUUUAAAUGUACAUAGGGAUUUAGGCCAGAGCGCAGGUAACGUUCUCUUUGUCAAAAUAUAACUAACUUGCCAAUUUUUUUCUAAUUUGGUUACUUUGUCCUAAAAUUAUAAAUUAUUUUUGAAAUUCUUUCAGGUUGGACUUGAUUAUAAAAGUGAUACUUUUUCCUGCCACACAAUUACACUAAACCAUCAUUGUGAUGUGUUUGUGUAAUUGUGCUAGAGUCACCAGAACAACUACAGCGUGAUAUAGUUAUUCUGGUGUGUACUUUGCACUCCAGAUGUUGUGCUGACUAUCUCCCAAAAUGCUCUUACAGCCAUUAUACUGACAGAGCAUCAGGGGAGGUGUAGUCCAAAACAUCUGGAGUGCUGAAGGUUGCCUACCCCUGUCCUAGUAACACUUCUAGUGGCAGUCACUCAGACGGCCACUGGAGAUGCUGCACAACAUGCAGCACUGACGGUCAGUGUCUCCACGCUCUGCAAUGAGGCACUGAACUCUCCUCAUUGAGAUGCAUUGUUUCAAUUAAUCUCUAUAAGGAGAGAUGCUGAUUGGCACAGCAGGGCGUUUUGUGGCGCAUGCGCAAUUGCCUCAUGGGAAGGCAUUGGAUUGGCAGAGAUCAUCAGGUUUGAUGAUCUCAGCCAAGGAGACAGAGCGGGGGGUGGAGCAAACCACGACGAACCUGCAUGGCACUGGAAAAAAAGUAAGUUUAACACCUUUUUACUGCGGGAAGAGCAGGGACCAUACACCUAAAUGGCAAUAUUAGAGCUAUAGUGUCAGAAAUACAUGGACACUAUAGUGCUCCUUUACAUAAUUAACUGGCUAAUGUUCAAAAUAAUCCUGGUAUAUACUCUUUAUCUUCAUUGCCUGGUUCAUAAACACUUCUCCAGUUCUCAUAUCGAUACUCAAAUCUAUGAUGUAAGGCAGACACAUGUAGAACACUGUACAGUGUACAUAGAAAUUUGAAAUGAGGUCACAAUGUCAUGUAAAGGAAAGAAAAUGUAAAAUAUAGACACAGAAGAAGAAAACUGUUUUUUGCCGUGCACAAGUCUAGUAGCCAUUGCCAUCAAGUUUGAAUCACUAAUUUACAUUUUGAGAGUUGUUUAUUUUAUAGUCAAACACAUUAUAUAUAAGAUUAAGUGCCAAAACUCAAGUAUGAGAUGGCAUCUGGUCUUGAGAGAAAAAUGGACACCAAGUGGUGAGUGGCUAUUUAUAAAAUGAAACCAAUAAUGAAAAAACAGUGAGAACACCAGAGUUUUGUUGUAGCACAAUUUGACAUCAUGCAUGGUAUUUUAAAUUCAUUAUUGGACAUAUGUAGAAAAGUCAAAUAAGCUCAAAUUGUCUUCAAAAGGAAAUGGAUUCAAACACAGCUAAUAAUGGAGGGGCAGGGGGGUUAAAAGGACAUAAAGCACAAAAGGCAAAAAUAUUUACAUGGCAUAUUAGAGUAGAGACUGAUGAAAAUGGGAAAGAAAACAAUGCGCUAUAUAAAUAAUAAAAUAAUAAUAAUAAUAAUAAUAAUGCAGCUUAUAAUGAGAUCAAAGAUUGCUGAUUUAUAGAAACGGAAUGGCACAUAGACUGAGAUGAUGCUAAAACAUAUAGAAAACAUGCCUAAUUUAUAGAGAUUUCAGAAUACGUAAGCUCGAAUAGGACACAGAAAACCACUUAAAGCUUUUGUAUACAAUAACAUGCCUAUUAUCAAAAAUUGGAAGUAAUCCUUCUAUGGAGUCUGCACCAGUUUCCCGAUAAAAUAUGUACUUAUGAAAAUGCAAAUUUUGCGAUAUUCCUUUUAGCUAUGCAGAAUAAUGGAAAUUACUGUAAAUUUGCAAUAUCCAGAUACAGACUUGUAUCAAUGGUGUAAAGUUUCCAUUCCAUAUUAAAGUAAAAGGGUGGAUAUGUAAACAAUUUUCCUGUUUGCUCAGAAGGAAUGCAGAUUUUGCAUAUGUUAAAUCCUGUAACCUGGUCAGAGAGGUUAUUACUUGAAUGAGAUAACGUUGGAAUUUUGCACUAAUCCCUGGGGGAGACAGACUAAUGGCACCUGUAUUGGUUCUCAAUCACAAAGAAUGUAAGUGGAUGGUUGAUAAGAACUUCCACAUCCUAUGAUCUACCCAGUCUCUUUAUCUUGUUUUUUAGAACUCAAGACUCUGAGUUCAAUUUCAAUGUUGUGUGAAUUUGGACACACUUCCUUAAACCACUCAGAUGAUUACUAUUUAUGGCAGAACAGUGUAACUGUUUCACUAGAACAUUAUGCUCAGAUACCCAAAGGGCAACAACAUUGGUAGUUCAAAAGAAUCAUGGAGUCAUGAUUUUUAAGAUCCAGAUCAUAUGUGCCUUGUGAUUUCAGUUUGUGUAAUGGUGUCUUGUGAAAUAGCAGUCAUAAGGCUAUAACCAUGUCUCAUUUAAUAGCAUAAAUAUAUCUAUCCAAACCUUUCAUUAUACAUUUUUUAGUCCAUACCCCCAAAAAAACUUACACUUAAAGGGACACUAUAGUCACCAGAACAACUGCAGGCUUUUUUCAUGUAAAUAGUAAAAAAGAGAAAAGGCAGUGUUUACGUUGCCCCUAGGGACACCUCCAAGUGGCCACUUCUUAGAUGGCCACUGGAGGUGCUUCCUGGGUCAUUGCUGCCGAAAAAGCAGCACUGACGUUCAGCGUCCCCACGCUCUGCAUGGAAUUUUCCUCAUAGAGAUGCAUUGAUUCAAAACGGGAUUUGGCCCCGCCCUGUGCCUAUUUUAGCCAAUCCAAUACUUUCCCUUUGAGAAAGGGGCGGAGCCAGUACAGCCUGACCCGUGCGGCGCUGGAAAUAAGGUUUUAAUCUUUUAUAUGGGGGCUAAGGGAGGGCAAGCCACCUAAAUGGUGUUUGUGUUCCUGACCCUAUAGUAUUCCUUUAACCUCUUAACGCCGUUACGGCAUUCUAUGCUGUCCCCAUUUAAAUGGGCUUUAAAGCCGUAACGGCUUAAGCCCCCGAGGAGGUAAGAUUUACUUGCCUCCACCGCGAUCCUCUUCGGGAGGACUGCCUAACAGCCCAGGCAGCCCUCCCAAGGCAAAUCAGGCCAAAGAGUGAUCACAUGGCCCCCUAUAGCUGGCUGUGGAUCUGCCAGCAGGGGGGACUGUCUAAAAUGUCAGACAAUCCCCCUGCUGGUGGGUAGUGUAAAAAAAAUGAUUAAACAUGUUUUAAAAUAAAAUAAAUGUAUGUUAUAUAUAUGUAACGUCAUACGUAGUGUAUUUUAAUGUUAAUAUAAUUAUAUAUAUAUAUGUAUAUAUAUAUAUAUAUAUUAGUAUUAAAAUACACUUAGAAUAGGGGGCGUGGCCGACAGCGAAACUGAGCGGACGUCUUCUCACGGAGCUCCGCUCAGACCCAGAGCAAAACACGGGGAAAAAGCCACAAUAUCGUGGAAACUCUACCCGGGAGACAGACACCCCCAAAGCAGAGAGAAUGGGAAAGAAAAAUAAGAGUCACCAAGGUCCAGCCAAGCUCCAACAGCCUGACUUCAGACUAGCUUUCGAGAGGCCUGUGAACUCACAGAGACCUAAGAUGGCGCCUGAGGCCUACUGCAUACCCGAGGCAUCUGAAGCCUCCCUGGAAGAGGAAGACUCAUUACCCUCUCCUCGAUCCUACAUCAUGGAGUCUGAUGAAGAUGAGGCACCUGCCACGAAAGGCUUCUGGUAGAGAUGAGGCAGAUCUGGAGGGAUGACCUCCAGAAAGUGCAGACAGAGGUGGAGGAGGUACGACAAAAAGUCAAAAGCCUAGAAACAAGAGAAACCUCCAGGGACAAAAAAAUACAGACCACAGGCCGAGACAUACAAGAGCUUACCUCACAGGUAAAGCAAAUGAGACGCACAAUCACCACAAUGGAGGUCAGACACAGGCGGAAAAACUUACGCCUCAGAGGCAUCCCCAAAAAGGUUGACAACACACAGCUCCUGACUUACGCUCACAGCCUCCUGACAGCCAUGGGCAUUACCGACAACCUCGACUUACCACAGAUCACUUCGGCAUUCAGAGUACGGAAGUCUGCGGCAGCACCCGACGCAGCACCUAGAGACGUCAUUGUGCUGACCCGGGACAUCUCCGCGAGAUCUGCCAUACUGACAAAAUCCAGAGAAAUAGGGACGGUAUCAAUUGAGGGCCACAGGAUAGCUGUCUACCCAGAUACACCAUUCUCCAUCCUCACGGAGAAGAGACAACUGUCACCUAUAGUGAGGAAACUAAGAGACGCCAAUAUGAGGUAUCGCUGGGGCAUUUACGGGUCCCUCCUCACAGAAAUUGAGGGAGAGAGCCGCACACUUACUUCGGGGGAUGACCUGGAGCUCUUCCUACAAAGGGCCGGCCUGACAAACAUGCCACAGCAAGGGACCUCACCUCCAACCAAGAAUCCAGGGGACUCAGAGAGCAUUAACAAACGCCGGAACAGUGUGCUAUCCAACAACACAAUUAAGAGGCUGACUCCACUGCCAAAGGCUGCAAGACUCAGAUCCGACAAGUAACGCGGACCACACAGAGACAGAAGGAGUUACAAAAACCCCUUUGUGACACACCAUGACACAAUGGUCCACAGAACUCUGCCACUGGACACAGCUCCUUAUGGUCCUCAAACAACCACAAAGUAACAACAUAAAGACAACAGAGACUGCCCAACAUCUUGCUAUUGAUCCCUACUGUUACAGCCGUUAAUGUUUUCAUACCCAUUACGAUGUCAGUAUGCUCACAUCUUAACUGGAUAUAUUGGAAAAGUUGAUUAUGCUAUUCUAAACUAAAUAAAAUAUAUUUUAAAAAAAUACACUUGGAAUGACGUUACUUACAUAUAUAUAUAUAUAUAUAUAUAUAUAUAUAUAUAAUACAUCUAUAUAUAUAUUUUAUAUAUACACGUAUUAUUACAAUAGAAAAUAAAUAAAAAUGUUUAAAAAUUAAAACAUUAUAUAUACAUAUGUAAUUUCAUUCUAACUGUAUUUUGUUAUUAAUUAUUAAAAUACACUUAGAAUGACAUUCUAUAUAUAGCUAUCUAUAUAUAAAAUACAAAUAACCGCAAAUAUAUAUAUAUAUAUAUAUAUAUAUAUAUAAUUACAUAAAUAACUACAUAAGUGUACACGUAGACUUUAAAUAUAUAUAUUAAAAUUCUACGUGUAUAUUUAAGUAAUCUUUUAACAUAAUUAUGUGAUUUAAUUAAUUAAAAUUUGACAUGCCUGACAACCCAGGCAGAAAGUGCAGAGAAUUUGAAUUGCAAGCACUAUAUUUAACCCUGUAACUUUCCAAGACACUAUAAAACCUGUACAUGGGGGGUACUGUUUUACUCGGGAGACUUAGCUGAACACAAACAUUAGUGUUUCAAAAUGGUAACUUGAAUUACAACAAUGAUAUUUUUAGUAAAAGUGAAGUUUUUUUGCAUUUUUUACUAACGAUAUUAUUGUUGUAAUAUGUUUUACUGUUUUAAAACACUUAUUUUUGUGUUCAGUGAAAUCUCCUGAGUAAAACAGUACCCCCCAUGUACAGUUUUUAUGGUGUUUUGGAAAGUUAGAGAGUCAAAUAUAACGCUUGCAUUUCAUUUUUUUUCACAUUGAAAUUUGCCAUAAUUUGGUUAUGUUGCCUUUUGAGACUGUAUGGUAGCCCAGGAAUAAGAAUUACCCCCAUGAUGGCAUACUAUUUGCAAAAGUAGACAACCCAAGGUAUUGCAAAUGGGGUAUGUCCAAUCAUUUUUAGUAGCCACUUAGUCACAAACACUGGCCAAAUAUUAGUUUUUUGCUUUUUUCACACAAAAACAAUUUGAAUGCUAACUUUGGCCAGUGUUUGUGACUAAGUGACUACUACAAAAGACUGGACAUACCCCACUUCAAAUACCUUGGGUAGUCAAUGGUAUGCCAUCAUGGGGGUAAAUCUCAUUCCUGGGCUACCAUACCAAAGGCAACAUUACUAAUCUAGCAAAUUUCAAUGUGGAAAACCUGAAAAAUAGAAUGUGCUAUAUUUGACCCUUUAACUUUCUAAAACACCGUAAAACUGUUAAUGGGGGCUACUGUUGUACUCAUGAGACUUUGCUGAAUCCACAUAUGUACUCUUUUUGCAGUAAAAGCUAACAGUAUUAUGACAUUUACAGCUAAAAUGUGAGGCAGAACUACAAAUUUUUAAAAAAAUAUUUAAUUUCUCACAGUUUUUUUAUUUUAUUCAUAAUAAAUUAUGUUUCAUAUACGAAUAGUUCAUGUGAAAUUAAAGCCAUGUUUCUCCUGAACAAAAUGAUAUAUAAUAAGUGUGGGUGCACUUAGUAAGAAAGAGGUGAGUUAUGGUUGAACAGACAUAUAGCGCAUAUUCCAGUUUUUGUUUACAUUUUGUUCUGAUCAGAACGUGUACUAUUGACUCCGUCCUGAAGGGGUUAAAGAGGGACUGACACUUCCUAGGAUUUCUAUUCUUAUGUAUACUUUUCCUCUAUAUUUAACAAACAUAUGUUUGUGAGGUCUCAAAAUUAAUGAAGCUGUUACAUAAAAGCUAACUGAACUCAUUACAUUUCAUUCAAAUUCAUUCAUCGCCAGAUUUUGAUUUCACACAAACAAUGUUUCCACAUCUAAUAGACGGAUUAUGCCAAUUCGGGAAAGUUAUUACAUAUCCAAAGGCUGUUUAUGCAAAUUAGCCUAGUUCCUUUAAAGUGCACUGGCAAGGGACUUGGCUGGAGGGUAAUUAGCACAAAAUGUCUAAUGAUGCAUGAAGAAGCACACUUGAGCAGACAUACCUUACAUACCUUAUAUAUCGUUUUAAUGUUAUAAAAAAAUCAACUAUUACUUGUAUUCCUUUUUCUUUUAAAGUUAUAUUAAAUAUUUAACGAUUUACAUCAUAAUCCAGUUUAGAAAAGGACAGGCCAAGCAUUGUACACAAAGAGAAGAAAUUAAAACAUUGUCUCGGGCUUCUUCUACCCUGUAUGCUUUCUCUGUGCUAGCUGCCAUAUGUAAAGGACAUAACUUAAAACAUUGACUGAUAGAGGGCUAAAAUGGAGGCUCCCAUUUGCAGGUUAAAGAAGUGUGGAUUUUACAUUUAAUUUAACUUUUUACAACUAAAAAAAACAUAUAGGAAGAAAUAAGCAUAGCAUUAAAAUUCAUGGGAUAUGAUAAAUCCCUUUUAAGGUGUUUGCAAGGUCAUUUUAUACCACUGUUUUCCACACACAAAUACUGUAUUUGUUGUUUAUGAGGUCAUAUUUCAUUGUAAAAGUAUUUUACCUUUCCCAGGCCUUUUUUGUUGUUGUGCCCGAGCAAGCAUGAAUUAUUUACAUUUUGCUAGUUUUUUUAUUAUUCACCAUUUUCAUAAAUGAUAUGUGAAUGCACUAUCACAUGUGUUUUCAUUUUCAAAAGGCUAUUGAACUUAAAUGUCUUAAAGUGGUUAAAGUGGGCCUUUUGUUUCUGCAUGGUAUUUAUCUUACUUCAAAAUGGGCAAUAGUGUCCUUAUUAUUAAGUCAACGCAUUUUGUUUCUUGAUUGCUCCAGUACAAAAUAUUUUAUUAUGAACUUUAUGGGGCACGGUCUCAAGGGAGAUAAUUUGCAAUUGCCUGAAAAAUUUAGGAUUGAAUACAAACAUUAAUGCCAAGUAAAGAUUUGUUUUAACAUAUAUUGGCUGUAGUAAAAGAAAUCAGAUUAAAAUGUGUUUUUGUCUUGCCUAGUCUUUAAUUCCUGAAGCAGAUUCUCAAUCUCUUCUGUAUGUUCACUUAACCAUUACUUAUAUAUAUAUUUUGCAAUUUAAAUAUGACAAGUAAUAUUUAUUGUAUUUUCUUGUUCCAGUUAUUGCUGGCAGAGAAGACUGAGUAUACGAUGAUAUUACUUUUCCCACUUAAUGUUAUUUAAAGAAAAUGAUUAUGGCUUCAUCACAUUGGACUUGUAUUCAAAUCCUCGUGCUGGCCUCUGUGCACCUUAGCUCUCAGGAUGGGAAAGCAACCAAAGAUCCAAACUUACAGCAUGCUAUUCCCUCAAGAAGAUUUGAAUCAAUAACUGAGUAUUCAUCAACACUGGCAUCUGUGUGGCUUCAAAAUAAUGAUGAGUCCUCUUUUAUUCCAAGCCAAAAAGAUGAUGAGCAGGAACCAUUUGGCCCAACUCAUCAUUCACCAAUGUUAGUUUCAGAACACCCACAAACUGAAAUGUUCUUACAAGCCAACACUAAAGCAGAAGAUGUUUCUGAUGUGUCAUCUACUCCCGUCCAUCAAGCAACCAACAAAUAUUUAAUGGAAAUGGCCACAAAUGAACAUUCAACUUUGCCUAUUUCUCAGUCAUCACCAUCUGAAUGGUCUGAAGAACCUUCUCAGCUGUCAACUUUAUUUUCUUCUGCUGUAGACAUUACUUUGUCUUCUGUCCAGGAGACCACACUGAACUGGGAUACACCUUCACCAUACUCGGUGCUGUUAAAGAUCAAUGACCUUACUGAUCCCAGUGUUACCACUAUGAGUUUUUCACUAAUGGAUUUUAUUUCCUUUACUCCGUCACUAAAAUCUAUCUGGCCUUCACCGGGAUCAGCUUCCCAGGAACCUGAGGUGAAGCCUAGUGAGUACUCUUCUCUAACACUGCCCUCUAACAGAAAGGACAUAGAUGCAAAGUUAGCCACUGAUGAAGAUGCAUUCAGUAUGACACAGAUGAUUCCUGGAGAGAUUCUAGAAGCUUCUACAGAUGUAGAUGACAAUAUAACAGAACAGAUGAAUGAGGAAACGUCUGUCUCCUUGACAUAUGUUGUGACAUCAGGUAAGAACCAAAAGAAAAAUAUGACAAGAAAUAAAAGUUGAGGCAUCUUGUGUGUAUGACAUAGGUAAAGAUCCAGAAGCAGUUAUGCAAGUCACAAGACUGGAUAUUUUGACAUGUACAUAAAAACUUUCCAUAAAACAGAUUAUGAUCUGAUCUGUUUAAUUACUGAAGUUACUGGUUGCAAACCUUGCAUUGCUAUUCAUACUGGAAUUAAAACUUUACACAAUACAUGUGAAAAGUUACAUCAGAUACAAAAUGGAAAUGGUGGCGGGAAUUCUGCAUUUUGCCAACGAUUGCAAAAGAUUGACAAUUUUUAAGACAAAAUAGUCCCUACAAUAAAAAAUAAAUACAUUUAAAAAAAAAUAAUUUCAAAACUUGCUGCUUACAGAUUAAAGGACCACUAUAGGCACUCAGACCACUUCAGCUUAAUGAAGUGGUCUAGGUGCCAGGUCCCCCUAGUUUUAACCCUGCAGCUGAAAACAUAGCAGUUUCAGAGAAACUACUAUGUUUACACUGCAGGGUUAAUCCAGCCUCUAGUGACAGCCACUAGACAGCCACUAGAGGCCGCUUCCGUGAUUUACACUAAGUAAAUUGCACCUAUUUGAUGCUGGAUGUCCUCAUGGAGUCCAGUGUCAAAAAAGAUCCCCAUAGGAAAGCAUUGAGUAAUGCUUUCCUAUGGGCGGGUUUGAAAGUGUGCGUGCCUCUGGCCGCACAUGCGCAUUCAGCUCCACUAGGGAGCUAACGUUGGCGGGGGAGGAGAGGUCACCAGUGCCGAGGGAGACUGGUGCUGGAUUAAGGUUAAGAGGGAAGGGGGCACUCCAAGAGCCUAUAGUGUCAGGAAAACGGGUUUGUUUUCCUGACCCUAUAGGAUCCCUUUAAAGUUAAACAUGUAAAAGACAUAUGAUAGUUAAAGUAAUGUGUGCAAUAUAGAAGGAUAAAGGUGAAAGUGGUAGGUGUGAGUCAAGGAUUAAGGUUAAGAUACUAUGUGUGAUUCAAGUUAAAUGGUUUAUGUGAGUGGGCAGUAGGUUUUAAUGGUAUUGGUGAGAAUAAAGGAAGCUCACACUAAAUACAGAUUGUGUUUAUUAUCUAUAUUUUCAGGUGAAAAUUCAGAAAGUAUGACAGUGGUGUGGACUCAGCAACUUAAAUUGCUCAUGGUCCUGGCACUGGCUUUUAGUUGUACACAUAUAUACAAAUUAAAAUUAUAUUCAUUUUACAGGGUUUACAUACCCUGCCAUUUUGUGAUUUGCUGUCCGCACUAGGGUUUUCUAAUUACAGAUUUGUAUCAUGCCACUGACAUUUUAUUCAAGCUCUGGCCCACAGUUUAUUUAAACAGUCUGGCUUUCAGAUGUUUUCUCAGGUCAGUGAGUGAGCCAUCAUGGUUUAUAGUGAAGUCUUUUCUACAAGGGAGGGGAUAUCUCUCUGCAUGAGUGGCAAAGAUUGAUUGCAGUGAGAUGGUGGUGACUAGCUAUGUGUACACAUGCAAAAUAAUGCAUUUAGCACAGUUUGCAGAGGUACUAUGUCGAAUGAAUGUUACAUUGACAUAGCAGUAAAGGAAAUAAACCUGGGACUUGCUAUUUUGAAUGCAAACAAUGUGGCACAGCAGUAGCAAAAUGUAGCUGAAUGUCAUUUUCUAUGUUGAGACAAGAAUUAGCAGCAGGUAUGGUGAUAUAAUAUUGGGAUGUAGCUCACGGGUGAGAAAAAUCUGUCCUGUUCUUGUGACCUUUCUUGGAAGAUAAUUAAUAAACAAGAGAUUGGAAAAAAAACACACUCAAUAAUAAACAAGCUAGGGCUGCAGGAAAUGCAGUUAAAUUAUAUAUUUUAUUUUCUACACAUAUUGUCACAAGAAAUAAUCUGCCAUUAUUAUUAUUAUUUUUUUGGUAUAAAUAUUGGCAAGUGUGUGACGUCUUUAUCACUGCCUUCAUCCCCCGUGGGACCCAGUUGUGAAAGCAAUAUAUCAUUGUAGCAUCAUAGUGGAAGAAACAGACUUGGAAUUAGAGAGCUGUUAAGGCCAAUAACCUUACAGAUUACCAGCAGCCAUGCAGUAAUAGUAUAUUUUGAGUCUGUGCUUCUUUUGGACUUAAACUGAUUAGAACAGAACACCAACAAUUUAAUUUACCUGUUUAUAAUUUAAAUAUAACACAGUAAAACCAAGAUAAAAAAAAAGAAUAAAUUAUAUCCUGGCAUAAUAUUAUCCAGAUAUCCAGAUAUAUUAUUUAAAUUUUAAUCACAGUUUGUGUGAAAAAAACAAACAGUAGUCCCUAUAAUACAACAUGUGAAUUUUUGCCCACCGCUCUGGACUCGUCUGCAUUCCUCUCAGGAUUUGACUAAUACAUUACCCAGAAUCCUAAGGGUCACCAGCUAUUACCAGACUGGAAAAUCUAUAGACAAUGUACCCAACUCUGCGUCUUCCACUGUUAUAAAUGCCUGAUGGCACAGUGGUUGUUCCAUUUUUGUACAAGAGGCAACAUGUGAACUGUUAUAUUUCAAAACAAUUCUUGUGUAAAAAUUGAAAAACACGAUACAUUCAAGUACUCCUUUUUCCUUUUUUUGUCACUGUUUUUACUAGCAAACUUUAAAUAAUAUAGUUUGAGCACACAGCCUACUAAUUCACAGCAGAUAUGAUGGGUGUACCUAUCCCCUACUAUCAUAUUAUUUGGUCUUACUAGAUGUGGGGCAAGUUGUAAUUUUUGUGCAUUUGCAUUUUCACCUAAAAUAACCCAACUUUACAAAUACAAUAGAGUCUAUGUAAUAAAGUAUUGGAAAAAAAUGAUACAUUAUCCCCCUCCACUUGCCCCUCUUCCCCUGGCUGUCAUAACUCUAUUAUAGCUCACAACCUAUCAAACAGAUAAAUGAAUUAAAUUGUGGGGAGGUAGUCAGAAGCAGAGCAUUAAAUAACAAUUCAUGACUUGUAUGUAACUAUUGAGAUGAUUGAGCAUGUUAUUGAAAAGAGCCCAAACUAAAUUCCUUGCUGAGUGAUUUGAGAAUUCCUCAUUGGAAUGUUAUAUGGUUACUACCACCUUAAUGAGAUGGGGACCUUUCUUGAGUAAUAUGCCCUGCUGGGCCCUAUAGGGUAGUUCACUCACCUUGUAUCUUGGCUAUGCCUGCAAGGGGAAGAUUUUCACAUCUGUUGUCAGCGUGCAGUGCAUGCUGACAACAGAUGUAAUUUAUGCAGAGAAUUGACAUUAGGCAGCCCAGAACAGAGCUCUGGGCUGCCAGUGUCACGUGUGCUGGGAGUGCAACUAGCCUGCACCACACAAUGAUCAAUAUCUGAGUGUGUGCAGCUUUUCUUUUAAGCAGAAACACUGCACAUACCGAUUCCUACCACCAUGACCACCUCAAAUCAUUGAAGUGGUCAUGGUGGUUGGAGUAACCCUUUAACACAAGUUAACAUUGGGGUGUAAAGCACUUGUCCCAACGAUGGAUGCUUUGGGGUUGGCUGGAUUAGGUGAGAGUAACUCGGCCAUGAAGUUAAGUAUGUUAGGUUAAUGUUUUUUCAGCCAUGGGGUUGGCUGGGUUAGGUUAGAGUUAAAUGAAGUUAGGAGAGUACAAGUGUUUUUAGGGGAGCGUGGCAAUUAAGUUUAAUUUUAUUUGCUUUAAUGGAACAUAUUUAUUUGUAUAUUUGUAAUGCUCAUUGAGGUAUUGUAUGUAUUUUGAUAAUGUUAAAACAAAACAAAUUUUUUUUCCAAAAAAUAAAAAUAUAUAUAUAUAAAAAUAAAAAAAAGUUUAAUUUUAUUGGUGGCUAGAGUUUCCACCAGAUAAAAUGUAAUCGGUAAAUUAAGAAUGAAUUAGGGAUAAAAAUAGAGCUUUGUGGCGAGGUCAAGGUAUUGCUGCAGACAAACCACAAGGCACUGAACCUUCCUUCUUAACUUAACACUUCUGAUUCUCUUGGUUCUUAAAGUAUAUUGAUUCAUGACUAUCAUGCCUGAACUUUAGUAUACGAUAUAUCCAAAAAGAGGCUUCAGGCACACACAGGGUUCAAAUACAAAUCAGUUUUACUGGAUCAAAAUGCAAAGAGCAAUGUUUCAACCUAUACAAAGUUCUUUGGGCAAAGCAACCAACUCUGGAUUCCACUCCUCCUUCGUCAUCACAUCUCCCACGGACAGUCCAAUCAAAUGCUUCUCACAAAAAAAGCAUUUGAUGGACGUUCUUGGUGGCUCAAUGAGACUAUAAGGAGGCAGGGAGGCAUUAGAUAAAAGAGGGACACAUUCUUCCCCUUUUAGGUGCUGCUUGGAAAGGAUAAACUCUGUAUGUCUAUCACCAGUGCGCUUUGUGUGCGGCCAACUAACGUACAUUUUGUACAGAAUUGAUAUUUUGCAGCCAGGAACACAGUUCAUGGUUGCCUAAGUCACAUGUGCGUGCGGUGCAACUAGCUCCUGACAUAUAAGUGCAAAUUUACAUUUUUGUUGACGAACAUUUGUGAGAUUUAGUCGACUAAAACUAGAACAAUUCAGACAACUAAAAUGCGACUAAAACUAAAAUGGCUUUUUAGUCAAAAGACUAUUGCUAAAACUCUAUUGAAAUUUUCCGCCAAAAUUAGCAGUGCACAGAGGGCCUGUGGAAGAGGCAAAAGAGACAGACCAGGGCUUUGGAGAGAGAAACCCAGAGGUGCUUGGAGGACACUAAGAGACACAGUGGGACUGUGGAAGGGGCAAAAGAGACAGACAGAGGCUUUAACUAAACCCAUUAGAUUUUAGUCGUGUUGAAUAAAAUCUUCUGGAGAUUUAGUCAACUAAAACUAGACUAAAACUAAAACAAUUCAGAUGACUAAAAUACUAAAUCUAAAAUGGCUUUUUAGUCAAAAGACUAUGACUAAAACUAAAUUGAAAUUUGCUGCCAAAAUUUACACUGCUUUUCACUGCACUAGAUUGCUACUAAAUAAAAUAUAAACCAACAAGGGUAUGUGAGCGCUCCAAAUAAGAUAUGACCACUAAAAAUAUUAUAUUCCAAAGUAGCAGCUGUAGAAUAAAAUAAAAAUGUAAAUGUACACAAAGUAUUUAUUCAUAUAUAAACAAUAAAGUUAAUCAAACAUGAAUACAAUAAAGAGAUUUUUAUAUAUAUAAAAGUUAUCACAAAAAUAUGUCCAGACCAGAGUUCGAAGAUACACAGUGUGGGGCCCCCAACACUAAUAUAGAUUGUGUAUCAAAGAAGAAAAAUUAUUAAAAAACAAAAGGACUGUGCACAUCAAAUUGUAGAACAUCAAAAAUGAAUAUCAGACCUCAAACACAUAUAUUAUUCAUGGGGGGAGGGAGCUCAUAAACCCGCCAAACCACUGGGUAAAGGUGAGGGGUGCCGCUGUGAAUAGUCUCCCAGCGUUAUAAACCCAGGGAUUAAGUCAGAGCAACUUACCCUAUUCACCCGACCUUCGUGUAAGGUAAGGGGAGCACGCCAACUCCCUACCACGAGAUAAAAUGUGUAGGUCUGAAUUCAACAGCUGCCAGAAAUCCCUCCCGGACCGUAAAUGAAGCCGGGUUGAAGAUCGGAGGAGACGGAAAACAGAUCGUCUACGCGUUUCGUCCCCUAUGAAGGACUUUCUCAAUACAAAGAUCUGUUGUCCACAAACUGGGUAUAUAUACCCUGCAUCUAAAGGAGUGGUCAUUCAAUUAAGAAAUAAUAAAGUUUAAAAGUCAAUUUGUAAAGGGCGGAUCGCCUAAGGUGUGCAUUUUAAAAGAAAAAUAAAAACAUCAAAAUAAUAUUAUUAAAUAUAAGUAAUAAAAAAUCUUGUAAUACAAAAUAUGGUAUUAAUAACCAUCGGCCAAUGAGUGAUAUCAAUCUCUCUAUUUAAUAAUCAUUUUGAGAGAUAAAACAUGUGGAAUCAAGGCUGUAUGUAGAUCUAGAUUGCUACUAGUAUGACCACAUGUAAACGCAGAAGUGGUCAUGGUGACUGGAGUAACCCUUUAAGAUUAGAGUAGGUAAAGCAAAAGCAUACCCGAUUUAGAUAUUGUUUUUUCUAGUUCAGCUAUUUUGACCUUACAUUUGAUAUUUACCUUGAAUUCUCACGUUAAUGAAUAAUCCUGUGUAAAGUGUCAGAAUGUGUGUGUGUGUAUAUAUGUGUAUAUAUAUAUAUAUAUAUAUAUAUAUAUAUAUUAUUUUUUUUUUAUCAUAAUGUAAUGAAAUUUUUUUUUUGCAACCUGUCAUUCAUUUUUCUAUAUUAAUGUUACAUAAUGUGAAGACAAUAUUUGAUAUUAAAAUACCUUAUACAUUAGAUUACAAGAAGAUACAUUAUCUUUAAUUGUAAUUUAAUCUGAUCUCUGGACAUGAGAUCACUUACCCUUCAAGCUAUUAAUGUUGCCAGAGGAGAUAAACUCAAAUACUGAGAGAGGACAUUUAACCCAUUGAUCUGCUGGUGCCACCACAGAAUGACAGUGACACAACCACAAGGAACGGGAGGGGACACUCGAAGCAAUGUUUAAAUUAAAGGAAAUGAUCGGGGCUGGUAACGUGAGAAGAGAUGCUUGCCGAUGUUUUAAAUUAAGAAAUGGGUGCUGUUUUUAAAACAGUGCAGGAGAAAGUCAUAAUGUAUACUGGAUAUGCUGAAGAUUUCAGGCUGAAAGCAGUAAAAAGAUUCAAGGUGAAAAGAAGUUAAAUUCAAUUACUAUGGACAAAUACACAUGCUUUCACCCUCCCUCCACUGCAGACACAGCAUAUAAUCAGAUAGUGAGAGGGGGAUGGUGAUAGAGAGUGGGGAGGCAAAGAACAGACACCCAGAUUAUGGGUGUGUACCCAUUCCACUAAAAAAAGGCUCUGUAAUUAAACUAUAUUGUAAUGCAUUGUUUAACUUGUUUCAUCUAACUUUAUGUGUAGGGUUAAGUGAGGAUAAAUGCCAUUUUAAAAAACCUGCCUUUAUUGUGGUAAAAUGCAACCUUUCAAGCUGCUCCUACUUAAAUUCCCCUUUUUAUUCUAUUUACAUAAUCUCUAAUAAAAAUCAACAGUAUGUUUAUUAAUUGUGAGCCUGUAGGUAGAUGGAUCACGACACCAACUCACACACACCCACUCUCUCUGUAUUUUUGAUGCUUCUAUGGACUAGCCAUAGUUCAUAAUUUAAACGUAAAAAUUGUGAAAAUUUUAACAUUGUUUAGGGCCAGUUAAUCAAAUAAGAAUCAGGCCAUAUUGGCAAUAUGAAGUCAAUUAAAACAGGCCUGGCAAGAUGAGGUGGGGGUUAAUUACUCCUUGGACCUUUAGCAUACAGUGGCUGUGACUGUGAGCUGCAGCCUCUCACUAUUUCUCUGUAGAUUAAAACAGCAUGAGGUGUUUUGGCACAGUAAUAGAGGAGUGAAGCGCCAGACAGGUAUUGAACAGGGCCGUUGCUGGCCAAACACUGUCUAGGUUUGUGCAUGGGCUGGUGGCCCAUAAUCUUAAUGUUGUCCAAAUCUGAACUGGUCCAGAACUGCAGUAUCUUGUGUUAAAUACCCUGCCAGUCUGAGAUGAGUAUGAAUGAGGUCUCUGAAGGUGUUUACAAGUGACUAUGGGGAGAGAUGAGACUGUGCCCAUGACAUUCCAUACCCUAUGAAGGAGUGUUUGUCCUGAUGAAAGUUCCUAGUUGGAACUGAAACGUUGAUGAUUGUUUGACACUUUUUCCAGUAAAGAAGUUUGUGUGAAAAUACCUGGGAGUGCUGAUUUUUUUUUCUUGUGAGAUAUAUAUAUAUACGUGUGUGUGUGUAUAUAUCUAAUAAUUCUACGUAUAUAUAUUUAUGUAAUAUUUUUACAUAAUUAGGUCAUUUUAUUGAUUACAAUUUGUGGGACCUGCCUGACAACCCAGGCCAAAAGUCCAGGGAAUUUAAUUUGCUAUAUUUAACCCUGUAACUUUCCCAUAAUUGUUUACUGUUUUGAAACACUAAUAUUUGUGUUCAGCGAAGUCUCCCAAGUAUAACUGUACCCCUCAUGUACAGGUUUUAUGGUGUCUUGGAAAGUUACAGGGUCAAAUAUAAGGCUUGCGUUUCAAUUUUUUCACAUUGAAAUUCGCCAGAUUGGUGACGUUGCCUUUUUAGACCGUAUGGUAUCCCAAGAAUGAAAAUUACCUCCAUGAUGGCAUACCAUUUGCAAUAGUAGACAACCCAAGUUAUUGCAAUUGGGUUAUGUCCAGUCUUUUUUAGAAGCCACUAAAUUGGCGUUCAAAUUAGUUUUUUGCAUUUUUUACACACAAACAAAUAUUAACACUAACUUUGGCCAGUGUUCGUGACCAAGUGGCUACUAAAAAAGACUGGACAUACCCCAUUUCAUUGGGGUAAUUCUCAUUCCUGUGCUACCAUACGGUCUCAAAGGCAAUGUAACCUGGCGAAUUACAAUGUGAAAAAACUGAAAAAUGUAACAUGCUAUAUUUGACCCUGUAACUUCCCAAAACACCAUAAAACCUGUACAUAGGGGGUACUGUUUUACAUGUGAGAUAUCACUGAAUACAAAUAUGUGUAUUUUAUUGCAGUAAAAGCAAACAGUAUUAUGACAUUCACAGCUAAAAUGUCACGUAGAACUAAAAAAAUAACAAUUUCCCAUUUUAAAAUAUUUUAUUCAUAUUAAAUUAUGAUUCAUAGCUAAGUAUUUGAUGUUAAAUUAAAGCCCUGUUUCCCCUGAAUAAAAUGAUAUAUAAUAAGUGUGGGUGCACUUAAAGGAUCACUAUAGGGUCAGGAACACAAACAUGUAUUCCUGACCUUAUAGUGUUAACACCACCAUCUAGCCCCCCUGGCCCCCUCAUGCCUCCAUAAAUAUAGCAAAAUCUUACUGUAUUCAAGCCUGAAGCUGUAAAUCUGCAUGCUGUUUGCCUCAUAAAAACAAGCAGUCUGCUGACAUCAUCAGAAGUGGUGGCCUAAACCAAUCACAGUGCUUCCCCAUAGGAUUGGCUAAGACUGACAUAGAGGCAGAUCAGGAGCAGAGCCAGCAUGAUUCAAACACAGCCCUGGCCAAUCAGCAUCUCCUCAUAGAGAUGAAUUGAAUCAAUGAAUCUCUACAGGGAGUGCAGAAUUAUUAGGCAAAUGAGUAUUUUGACCACAUCAUCCUCUUUAUGCAUGUUGUCUUACUCCAAGCUGUAUAGGCUCGAAAGCCUACUACCAAUUAAGCAUAUUAGGUGAUGUGCAUCUCUGUAAUGAGAAGGGGUGUGGUCUAAUGACAUCAACACCCUAUAUCAGGUGUGCAUAAUUAUUAGGCAACUUCCUUUCCUUUGGCAAAAUGGGUCAAAAGAAGGACUUGACAGGCUCAGAAAAGUCAAAAAUAGUGAGAUAUCUUGCAGAGGGAUGCAGCACUCUUAAAAUUGCAAAGCUUCUGAAGCGUGAUCAUCGAACAAUCAAGCAUUUCAUUCAAAAUAGUCAACAGGGUCGCAAGAAGCGUGUGGAAAAACCAAGGCGCAAAAAACUGCCCAUGAACUGAGAAAAGUCAAGCGUGCAGCUGCCACGAUGCCACUUGCCACCAGUUUGGCCAUAUUUCAGAGCUGCAACAUCACUGGAGUGCCCAAAAGCACAAGGUGUGCAAUACUCAGAGACAUGGCCAAGGUAAGAAAGGCUGAAAGACGACCACCACUGAACAAGACACACAAGCUGAAACGUCAAGACUGGGCCAAGAAAUAUCUCAAGACUGAUUUUUCUAAGGUUUUAUGGACUGAUGAAAUGAGAGUGAGUCUUGAUGGGCCAGAUGGAUGGGCCCGUGGCUGGAUUGGUAAAGGGCAGAGAGCUCCAGUCCGACUCAGACGCCAGCAAGGUGGAGGUGGAGUACUGGUUUGGGCUGGUAUCAUCAAAGAUGAGCUUGUGGGGCCUUUUCGGGUUGAGGAUGGAGUCAAGCUCAACUCCCAGUCCUACUGCCAGUUCCUGGAAGACACCUUCUUCAAGCAGUGGUACAGGAAGAAGUCUGCAUCCUUCAAGAAAAACAUGAUUUUCAUGCAGGACAAUGCUCCAUCACACGCGUCCAAGUACUCCACAGCGUGGCUGGCAAGAAAGGGUAUAAAAGAAGAAAAUCUAAUGACAUGGCCUCCUUGUUCACCUGAUCUGAACCCCAUUGAGAACCUGUGGUCCAUCAUCAAAUGUGAGAUUUACAAGGAGGGAAAACAGUACACCUCUCUGAACAGUGUCUGGGAGGCUGUGGUUGCUGCUGCACGCAAUGUUGAUGGUGAACAGAUCAAAACACUGACAGAAUCCAUGGAUGGCAGGCUUUUGAGUGUCCUUGCAAAGAAAGGUGGCUAUAUUGGUCACUGAUUUGUUUUUGUUUUGUUUUUGAAUGUCAGAAAUGUAUAUUUGUGAAUGUUGAGAUGUUAUAUUGGUUUCACUGGUAAUAAUAAAUAAUUGAAAUGGGUAUAUAUUUGUUUUUUGUUAAGUUGCCUAAUAAUUAUGCACAGUAAUAGUCACCUGCACACACAGAUAUCCCCCUAACAUAGCUAUAACUAAAAACAAACUAAAAACUACUUCCAAAAAUAUUCAGCUUUGAUAUUAAUGAGUUUUUUGGGUUCAUUGAGAACAUGGUUGUUGUUCAAUAAUAAAAUUAAUCCUCAAAAAUACAACUUGCCUAAUAAUUCUGCACUCCCUGUAUGAGGAAAGUUCAGUGUCUGCAUUCAGAGGAAGGAUACACUGAAUGUUUGGAUGCAUUUUAGGCAGCCAUGACCCAGGAAGGAUCUCUAACAGCCAUCUAAGGAGUGGCCAGUGAAGUUAUCACUAGGCUGUAAUGUAAACACUGCAUUUUCUCUGAAAAGACAGUGUUUACAGCAAAAAGCCUGAAGGUAAUGAUUCUACUCACCAGAACAAAUUCAAUAAGCUGUAGUUGUUCUGGUGACUAUGGUGUCCCUUUAAUAUGAAAGAGGUGAAUUACAGUUGAACAGACAUAUAGUCAAAUUCCAGAUUUUGUUUACGUUUUGUUUUGAUCACAAUGUGUACAUUUGGCUCAGUCCUUAAGGGGUUAAUAAUACAAAAAAAAAUUGAAAUCUGUAUAAAUAAGAUAUUGUUUUUGUGCUAAUUUACAUGUUUACAGUUGUGCAUGGUUUUAUUAGUAAGUCACCUAAAAUUUCUCAGAACAGCCUUACCCCUGACUGCACCCCAGUGUGCACCCCUAAAACUCUUUGUCCAUUUGAAAUGUUAGGAGACAUGAUAUUCAUAAAUGAUGCCAAUUGUUAUUUGGGGCAAUGGAGUUACAGGUAUGUUCCUUUAUGCCAUGCAGCUCAUUUUGUAUGCAAAAAAAGGGCUACUCAGUUGUUCUUGCCCUUCAGGCCAAAAGUUGCCAGUCCUCCCCUGUGUAGGAUUUGUGAGACAGGGAAGUGUGUUUGUAGAAAAACAGAGAAUAGCCUGCUACUGAUGGGGUAGAAUUAUCUGGUGAAAACGUCAAUUCAAGGAAUGCUGAAAACGUCUAUCAAUUAUAGGCACCAUCGUUACAUGUAAUGCAUCAAUAACUUGUCAAAUGUUGAAAUGGGAGGCGAAACCUAGCAUUUUUUUUUUCUGUUUGACACUCACAAUUGCCUAUUUAGGUUGUCUAUUCUCUAAAAAACAAGAAAUGCAAGGCAAUCAAUGUAUUGGGUAAGGCUUGACAAUCAAAAAGUUUAUAGUGAAUAACCUGUAUUUUAUUACACAAUGUUCUAUAGAAUUCAAUUCCGUCAGUACUUUUAAAGGUAAUCUGAACAUCAUAACCUCAGAUGUUGAUGAUAAAAGAACAAAUGGUAGUCACGCAGUAACAGUUUCUUUUGUAAUUUUUUCAUAAUACAUGCAGUCAAUUAAAUAAAUUUUCCUGCGUUCCUGCUUCCUACAUAAGCACUAUGACUAAAUAAGAUAAUACAACUAUGAAAGGAUGCUGCCUGUUAUACUUGUUUGCUAACGUCAUAAUUUUCCCAAACAACCUCAAGUUAUGUGUGUAAUUUUAAAACAAAGCAACACUAGGUCACGAACUGACAAAAAAACAAAAGUAAUUUUAGUUAAAUGUGCCGUUGGAUUGUUUAGAUACCUCAGUAGUAAAGGUAAAUAACAUUUGUGUUAGAUGUGCUGGCGUCAAAGUCUAGAACUAUUAUGCUGUUGCUAAGGGGUAACUUAGGAUCCCUUGAGAUUUCAACAAUCUAAAGCGCACAAAAACUGGGUUGUUACAUCAUGGCGUUUAUGUACUAAACACAGAUUUGUAGUGGAUUAAAAUCCAAAUUACAAAAUAUAAAGAAUAAUGAUUCUGAAAAAUUCUUCCACUGCUUGUCUUAUACAGUGCAUUCAGAAAAUAUUCAGACAGCUACAUUUUUGUUAACAGUUUUUAUCCAGAUAAACGUACCCAGAUAAAAAAAGUCACCUGACCUCUCUUGAUGCAAAAGUUGAGAUCGAGGAAACUGAGAUCUGUCGGGCCAGCAACUUAGAACGGCAGAGAUAGCGGCCACAAGAAAAAGAAAAUAUGCUCCAUGAACUUAGAAGACAAGUUGAAAACCUUGAUAAUAGAGGCCAGUGGAACAAUGUAAGGGUUCAAGGCCUAUCUGAUGGGUAUCCUGUUGCAGAAAUGCUUGAAGCACUAUUUAAGCAGAUCUUAUGACUAGUGCACCAGUCUCCAUACCACUGGCAGGGCCUAUAGAGCACUCCAUCCCCCCCCCUCCCCUCCAAGUGGAUGGCCUGCCACAAGAUGUGAUCUACUGCCUCCAUGCUUUCAUGCUUUUGGCUUGAAAGAACGCAUAAUGUCAAUAGCCAGGUGCACUUCUGCGAUACAAUUCAAAGGAUCGACAAUCUCUCCCUACCAAGAACUGUUGCCCUUGACUGGGGUUUCUGUUCAGCCUACAGGCCAGACUUGGAAACAUCUGGCAAGUUAUACAAUAGCCUUAAGAUGUCCCACGCUACCUUUGAGCUUUGCACCUCACAGCAUUAUCGGUGCCCAACUGGAUCCUUAACCACGCGGAUGCUCAUAGAGUGGCUGCUAAUGAGAGUCGCUGGCAACUGCCACUUUGCGCAGUGCAGAGGAGGAUCAGAGGGACCCGAGGAAUAAGCAGUUACUUACACAAAUUGUUGCCUUCAGUUUUUGAAGACAAACAAAGCAGUCACUUGUGAUGUGGAUAACAAGAUACCAAAAUGUUCUGCUGCAGAGGUGUAGGAUCCCAAUGCUCAUGGUACAGAUUAUCAUUUAUUUUUGUACAAUUUCUGUUUUUUGUUUUCAUUUUGGAAGAAUGCCAUUACUAUUUUUACAUUCCUAGGGGAAAGAAAAAAGCCCACGACACUAAUAGAAACAUAGAAUUUGAUGGCAGAUAAGAGCCAUUCGGACCAUCUAGUCUGCCCAGUUUUCUUAAUACUUACAUUAGUAUCUUGGAUAGCCUUAUGUCUAUCCCACGCAUGCUUAACCCCUCAAAGACACAUGACAUGUGUGUGACAUGUCAGGAUUCCCUUUUAUUACAGAAGUUUGGUCCUUAAGGGGUUAAACUCCCCCAAUGUGUUAACCUCUACCACUUUGCUGGAAGUCUAUUCCAUGCAUCCAUUACCUUCUCAGUAAAGUAGUACUUCCUGAUAUUAUUUUAAAGUCUUAUAAUUUAAGUCUAUGUCCUCUUGUGGUCUUGUUUUAAAUAUACUCUCUUCAUUUAAUAAAGCAGAGUACUGUCCAUGCACCGCUUGGUGAGGGGUAUUGGGAUAUGAGGAUGUUUGGAAUCCACCAAGUAACUGUGGAGAUGCCAGGUAUCUUCCACUGCUAGGCUUAUUUGUCACAAGCCGCCCCUCAAUUUUUUAAUUUUUUUUUUUACAAUUUACGCCUCUACAAUUUGCUCAAGUAAUACAUCACGCUAGCACCUGGCACCUGGACUGGAGUACAAGUGGGACUUGGUAACCUACAGGACUGUAGCGUACAAGUGGAUCUGGUUCUACGUGUAAGCCAUUUGGGGAGGGGAAUGGGAUUUAACAGGAGAGGAAGAAUGCAGGCCAACCCUGUGUAGGAUGCUGAUAGGAUUUCUUACAACAUUCACCAAUGAUCUCACUAAUAUCAUGUUUUUUGCUGUAAUUUUAAUGUUUAUGCUACCUUACUCUUAUAAUAAGUCAGACAGAAGCCCCCCAUGCAAUGAUUAAUGUAUGAGUAUUGUAAUGUUAUAUAGACCAUUUGGAGAGAGUCAUCCCCGCUACUCCUCCAUGUACAUGUACAUUAAGCAAUCACAUAUACUGAUAAAAUAUAAUCCAAUGGCAUAACAUCUGUUUUUUUAAUCUAUAAAUGUUACCAGCUUCCCAGGUACAAGAGUACUGACACGAGAAUAUGUGGUAUUGGUCUAGAUAAUUUAAGGGAGGCAGAAAUUAGAGAAUGCUUACCGCCAGGGCCUUUAUUGUAAUCAACUUGGUCGGAGAGCCACUGAAGCACUUUUGAUAGCAUCAGAGAUGGGAUGGCUUACGCUCCACCUCUGGCUGCAAUUAGGCGGGACUGCUCUUGAUACACCCUUCAAGAAAUCACAACAUGAUAGCUCAUAAACCGUCAUGCGCCAAAUAUUUACUGCCAAAUAGAGAGUCAUGAAUGACUGGUACAGACUGUCCCUCAAUCUUGUCCCGGGGGCAUAUGCACAGAAACAGGUAUGGUGAAGGGGGAUUUGACUCAUAUUGUGGAAUUUCUUCCCUCACAUUUUCCCUCAGACAUGAUGUCAUCAUCGCAAUUCUAUAUAUUUAGAUUUUAGGGUAAUUUUGUGUCCCACCCACUUUUAUUUUUUUUGUUUCUUCCUCUUUCCCUCUUGUCUCUUUCGACCAUCCUUUCUUGGCAAUGGAGAGUUUCUCUCCUAUCCCCCUGCACCUAUGGACUAAUAAUGUCCAUGGAUUGAAUUUCCCUGAACAACGCUCCAAACUUUAAGGCUUCGGGCACAAAGGGUAUCAGUGGCUUUCUUACAAGAAAUGCACUUUAGGAAGGCAUUAGCUCCUGCACUGAAGGAUAGGAGCUUCCCCACUGGGGUUGUGGGUAAUAAAAGAGAUUCCAAAAAAGCCGGAGUUGCUGUGUUUGCACAAACGAUACCAUUCAACUGCACAGCAAUGUUAGAAGACCCAUUGAACCAUUUCCUAUUUAUAAAGGCACUAUAGCAGACUGUCCUUACACUUUUGCUUGUUUGAAGAAGUUCCGGAAGGCUUAAUGAUAGUAGCGGGAGAUCUUAACAUUGCCCUCGACUACAAAGGGGACACAUCGAGAGGUCAAAGCACAAUCCUAUUCCACAAUAUCAACCACAUUAAUGGAGAUUUACGGUGGGUGGGCUUGGCAGACUGUUGGAGUGUGGAGCUUCUCGAAGGUAUGGUAGGGAUUAUUUACUAAUGGCACAAGAAUUCUUGCCACUUUUAUUAUCCUCAGACAUUUGAUCGGCUACCUGUUUAAUACAUUCCUUUAGUCUUUGUGACACUGUCACCCCUGCACAGACCACGUGGAAGCCAAUGCAAACGUAAUGAAAAUCUAAUAUCUAAUAAUAUUUUGCUACAGGUAUUGAGCAGACAUGGGCUGACCUCACUAAGUAUUUUGCUGAAAUUUAAACACCUGAUGUGUCCUUACUGACAUCCAGGGAGGUACUCAAAUGUAUGAUAUCCGGGCACUAUAUUAACCCAUUAACGCUGUUAGGGCACAUCAUGCCACCCUGCACAUGAUGUAGCGCUUACAUGGCCAGAACGCCAGUCUGCACAACUGCCUGUAGGGGAACUGCCUGGGUUGUCAGGCAGUGAGCUUUGUCUGGUGUAUGCAGGCUGUAUGUUGUGUGUGUAUGAUGUGUGCUGACCAUAUGGUGUGUGUGUCUGGUGUGUUCUAACAAUAUAGUGUGCAUGUCUGGUGUGUACUAACAAUAUAGUGUGUGUCUGGUGUGUACUGACUAUAUGAUGUGUGUAAGUGUUUGGUGUGUGCUGGCUAUUUAUUAGUGUUUCUACCUAAACUACCUGACUUAAACUGUCAUUACCUGACCUACAUGAUUUAAACUUGACACCACUGUUACUAUGUCCAGCAAUGGACUGAUCAUAUACAGCGUUGGUUAGAAUGUGAACACUUUGCAAACAUAUAUAUGCACCAACAAUCGAAGUCUCUAUAUAUUAGGUAAAUAAGUUGCUGCAGAGGGCAAUUGGAGUCAUCUGGAUUGCAUGUUGUUUUAAAAUUAUUAGCUUAUUAACGUGACAUGACCAAAUUUAUACUGUAUGGAAAAUGUCCUCCUUUUUUGCUUACCUUCUCUUUCCAUAGUAAAUUACAUCACCAUAAUCAUUUUCAUGCCAAUUAGGAAGCUGCUCGUAAGCGGAAAGUGGAUUAUGAAUGAGGGUUGAUUUAUCACUGAACCCAUGCCGUCUGGACUUAGGUGUCUGGCUGACAUCUCCUAUCUCUUGCUUAUUUUAUACACAGAUGAACAUUCAUUUCCCCAUCCCCCAAUGGAAAAUUAUAUCAAUCGCUUGGGUGGUCUGGAAAUAAAACUUGUUGUCUGAUUAAAUCAUGGUUGUUUCUAUAUCUCCAGCCAUGUGCACCGAGUUAUAUAGACACUGACUGGUCUGGUUACACAUGUGUCUUCAAAGUAAUAACCUGCCAUCAAAACAGCCACAGAUAAUCAUUAUAAGCACAUCUUAGAGAAGAGCUACUUAUUUCAUGUUCUAUUACUCAAUAAAAUUCCAAUUUCUGCCUUGUUAAUCUUAACUUGCUAAUCAAUGCCAAAUAUUGCAAGCUACAGCUUUAAUCACAUUAAAGGUCAGAUAAUUAUGUGAUAAGUGGAAAUGCUCUUUGUAGCAAAUAACCAAAUCAAGAUUCAGGUCAUCUGUCCCCAAGUACAUCCUGGGGACCAUGAUCAGGCAGACUAGUGCAAUAUAUUUGCCUACUACUAGUGUUAGGGACCUUCAUCAACAACAUUUAACUGACUCUAAUGUCAGGUAUACUUAUUCAGUGUACUUACCUAUAUUUUUUUUAAUUAUCAAUGCUAGAUAUUGCCAGCAUUGUCAACUGGAAUUGCACUUCUACCGGUCCUCAAAUUUCUCCGCAUCCACCGUAUUUGAACCUUGCUUCAGUUGACUCAACAAUAUUUUAAUUGGUCUGCUUGACUAGCAGCAACAAAUGUGCUUGAUUUUGUUUUGUCAUUUGCUGUUCCCUCAACCAAUGCUUUCCUUGGCAUCUCAUCAUCACCAAAAUAAAAUUUUAAGUCAUUACCCAAAUUUACAUGACACUGGACACUCGAUUCUACUAUACUUUCACUGUUGUGCUCAUAUUCUCUCUUGGGUGCCCUCUUUUUCUUUUUCUGCCUUUAACGUUUCAUAGAAUCUUUCCAUGAAGCCACUAUCUUUUGGAAAAUUGAUGGUCUUCUUAAGACUCUUGCCAUAUGAGGUAGCUUAAACAGUCCCCAAAAACUCACCUCUUCGAAGGAUGUUACCACUUAUUCUAUAAAAUGUACUAAAGGAACAGAUUUCAUCAAAAUAAUAACAAAAUAACAUUAUAUUGUAUACAACAACAACAAAAAACAAAAUCUAGUUUGCAAAAAUUAUGUGAAUCACUCUAACAGUAUUUUUCAAUAAAGUUGGAUGACUCUAAUUUCCAAUUACAAUAUGAAAAUAAAAUAAAAGUAUUAUAUAAAAGUCAAAGUGAGUAUAUAAGCCAAGAGGCUGAUGAAUUGCACUUAUAACGUUAAAGCAGACUUAGUGCUGCUCUGACUGUAAUCGCUCAAACAGAUUUUUGGAGAUUUAGCCAAGCGAAGUUCCAAUCCAAAACAUCUAAAAGGAAAUAGAAAGCAGUGAAGGCUUUUAGUCAAAAUAUCAAUUUUUAUUAAAAACAGUAUAUAAUAUAAUUUUCAGAUAAGUGAGUAAUUUCCCAUAUCACCAUAAUCUGUGUGCAUGAUAGCUGUAUGAAUCACAGCCAUUUCACUUUUCACCCCUCGAUCUUGGCGAUACCAGCUAGCUUCUAGGAGAUUUGGCCACACAGACACAAGCAAUGACGAGCUUCACUAACAAUUCGUCUAACCCCUUACUUUAUUCUUCAUAGUUCAAUCCCCUUCCUCAUUCUAGCUGGCCUCAUUCCCACCUGUCCCUAUCAGUCCAGCUUAUCUGACCUAAUCUUCUCCCUUUUAUUGCAUUCUCCCAUCAAUUGUACUUAUUGCCUGACAACAAUCUCUUGUUCAGUUGUCAGUAUUACUUUUCAAGAUUUCCACCUGAUUCUGUUCAAUGUUCUAAUUUAGAACUGUAUGAUCACUGAUUUAUGAAAUGUGCACAGAAGUAUGAUGUCUAUGAAAUGUAACCUAAAUCAAUAAAUAUGUCAUCAUUUUUAGAUUGCAUAGACUACUGCACAAAUUUCCCUUCAACACCAGGCAGCAACAACAGACCUUCAUAUAUCAUCAGACUAGUCAACGGAUUGUAUCUAACUUUAACAAUAGUCAGGAAUUCUGUCUUGUUCGUUUGUCUGCUUUUGGGGUAUUGGUGGUGGAGUUUAUCUUUGAGGGAUACACUGACCUUUGUCACAGUGAUAUGUGCAUUCACACAAAUAUAUAUAUGUAUAAAUCCUACACAAACACACCACAAGAAACAUUUAGCAAGCACAGACUACAUAUGAGAUUGACAGCAGUACAAUCUGUUACCUGCAUUUUAAGUUUGAACAGCAAAGGGAGAUGGGUUCUGUCAUAAGGUAAAAAUAACUUAAUUUUAAGAUGAGAUGACAGUUCUCCAUCUGGUACCACCUGUGACAUUUUGCUUAAAUGAACAUUGCAAGGGCUAUAACCACCACAAAUACACUACAUCAUCCAGAGUGUACAUCAACUGAUUGCUCUCAGCCAAUGAGCUAAGCCCUGCUGUAGUGGUUGUGGUGCUUGGUGUGUUUCUUUAACACACGUGCAGGUCUGAUUAUGAAGCUGUAAAAGUAAUAUAUGUAAAUAUAAUAAAACAACCUAUUAGAUGGCUUUGAUUUUAUUAAUUCUUUAUUUUGUUGUGGAAGUAGAUGCAUUCCAGCAAUUAACGUCACAUUAGCAACAAAGGGAGCAUAGUAGCGAGUAGUACAUAGUGAUCAAGAAAUUGCAAAUUUUUGGUAUAUAAACAGGAUGAAUUAUGUUUUGCACACAUAACAAACUCCUAGUAGAUGUCAAUAAAUGGGUAGGUGUAAGUAGUAUAUGGAGCAGGCUAGGUUGGUUAUUAUUUUGUUGGUCCUGGUAGAUUAUCAUUAGAGGGAAAUACAGUGCUAGGCUUGGUAAUACUUGUUGAUAGUAAUCUAAGUGUACUUUGGCACCAAGGUAUUUUUGGGAUGCAGAGUAUUACUGCAGAAUGGUCCGGGGCGGAGCUAGAGUGGGACCCACUGGGAGAUUAGUGGAGGGGCUUGAAAGAGACGUGGUUCUGAACCUCCUGCAUUGGCGCCUUGGUGGACAAGUCCUCCAGUGCCCUUGUUUGGCCUCCAGCCUCCAAGGCCCUAUGAGGGCGUCAGGUGCAGGUGUCAGGCUAUGUUCCUAGGUGGUUCGCUGGUCCUGUAUGUUAAGGCCUUUGGUGUCUACUGGCAUGUUGGUUGAUGUGAGGUCGUUACAUGCUAGUAUCUAGGGUGGCUGGGGUGGUUUCAAGUGGGUGUCUGUGUUGGGGGCUAAAUGUGGACGGGUGUUCAGGCUCGGCGAGCGCUCUGGAAUUAAGUUUAGCGCAAAGCUGAGGUGAGGGGGUCCAUAAUGUUAUUCAUGUUUGGCAGAGAGAUCGGCGAAGUCUGGGGGCGUCUCUUGUGUGUCGGUUGUGUCCCCGUGGGAUGGCUCGUGUGGUCCUUUUACCAUAGCGUUCAGGUGUCUAUGGCUACUCAGGCUUACCCCUAACCUAGGGUGUGGCAGGGAGGGAAGGGGGGGGAUGUUGUUAUGGUGUCAUAGUUUUGGGUAUUGAAUAAGUGAAUGAGUUAGCUGAGCAGAGGUGUGGGCUGCACAUGGGCCUCAUAACAUAAUAAAUGUGAACUUGUUAUAACAGGUAACACAACAUGAUAAAGAAAAGAGAACAAGAGAAACAAUAAGAAUAAUGAGAUAGCACUUUCUUUGGUUUCUGUCAGUGCCAACCAGUCAUUUAGGACCCCUGGGUAUGGCCCAGGUUGUGGACUUUUCCGAUCCCGGUCAAGUCAUUGGUCUUGCGCAGGCAAUCAUCUGUCUUGAAAUGAACGGUGCGGUGGUGUCCGGGUUCCAUACCCUCGGUAUACCCUCGGUUGUGCCCAUUGAGGAGUGUUGGUUGGUAUGUCCGGCAGUCCAAUUUUGGCUAGAAGUGCAGGUACUUCCAUGUCCGAGGAUAUCUUGUGGGUGAUGCCAUUGUGAGUGAUUAGCAGGGUUCUCAGUGUUCCCCAGCGGUAGGGAAUUCCUGUUGUGCGUAGGGGACUUGUGAGCUGGUUCAGCGACCUGCGCCAUUGUAAUGUGGCUCGGGUUAGGUCCUGAAAGAACGAUAAUUGGGCUGUUUCAAAGGUGAGAAGGGUUUUGGCGGGUGGCGGCCAUAACAUGGUUCAACUGCUGGCAGGUGGCACAGCGCAAAAUGACAUCCCUGGUAAGUGCGGCGGCUAGGUGGGAGUCGGUAUAGGCCGUCCAGCGCAUUCUUCCGGCUGACUGCUGGUGGCAAUAUGGUGGCGAGGACCCUCCUUAUGUAGUGUGGUAGUUCAUCUGCCUGUAUUUCAACGGGUAUGCCGCUGAUUUGUAUGUUGUUGCGUCUGGCGCGGUCUUCAUGCGUGGACAUUUGCCGCGUUAGGCUUCACCGUGAAGCUUGUAGUUGAGUUAGUGUAUGUUUCAUGGUAGUCAUGCCGCUUUGUAUGUCCAAGAUGUCUUCCUCCGUCGCUCGCACGCGGUCGGUGACAUUUUGCAUGUCAGCUUUUAGGAGACCCACAUCUGUAGCCAGCAUUUUCUGUAUGUCCUGCACCCAGGCUUAUAAAUCUUGUUUGGUGGCGAGUGAUGUGCCAUCCGGUGCUGCAGUGAUUGCCAGCAUUGUGAAAUCUGUGUCCGUUUGAGAGGCUGUGUGGGUCGGUGAUCAGGUCUGCAGGGGCCAUUUUAGGCUGCGUCUGCCGCUGUAGUAAGGCGCCUAUGUUCUGCUGUUCUGUCGUGGAACCAGGGCGAGUCUUUUGUGUGGGCUUCCCCAUGGUCUCUAGUGUGUUGUUUUGGUAUGGGUAGAAGUCGCUGUCCGGGUUGGAGUCACCUUGGAUGUAGGCUCCACCGAUUAGCUUCUCCAAGUCGUGGAUAGAUGAAGUGUGGUAGGCCUUGGGUCUGCGUUUGAGUGUGCCAGACCUCGGUGUGUGCAUGAAAGGCAUCUAUCAAUUCGGUAUUCGAUCCUGGUAUCGAUCGUGAUGUGCUAUGGGCUGAGUGGCGAGUGCUGCUCGAGGUAUUUAGCAAAUUUUAAAAAAAUAAAUAAAUUUUAUUCCAGGAUAGCAGCUCGCAAAUAUGGCGUCUGCUCAGCUUCAGGUCGUGGCCCCGCCCCGGCUUUGAUUUUAAAGCUUGUAUACUGGUGUUAAAAGGAAAACUGUCCCCUCCAAAAUAUUUUUACUAUAAUAAUAAUUUCAUUAAAGGGACACUCCAGACAUAAAGGGACACUAUAGUCACUAGAACAACUACAGCUUAUUGAGCUUGCUCUGGUGAGUAGAAUCACUCUUCUGCAACUGUCACUAGCCUAAUACUAUCCUUACCUUUUUGUGUCAUUUUACCCUACUCCCUCUAGCAUGUAAACUCAUUGAGCAGGGCCCUCAAACCCUCUGUUCCUGUGUCCAAGUUGUCUGGUUACAACUACAUGUCUGUUCAUCCACCCAUUGUAAAGCGCUGCGGAAUUUGAUGGCGCUAUAUAAAUAACAUAAUAAUAAUAAUAAUUACCUUAAGGCUUUUUGCUGUAAACACUGUCUUUUCAGAGAAAAUGCAGUGUUUACAUUACAGCCUAGUGAUAACUUUACUGGCCACUCCUCAGCUGUUAGAACUCCUUCCUGGGUCAUGGCUGCCUAAAAUGCAUCCAAACAUUGUGUCUCCUCCCUCUGCAUGCGGAUACUGAAUUCUCCUCGUAGAAAUUCAUUGAUUCAAUUCAUCUCUAUGAGGAGAUGCUGAUUGGCCAAGGCUGUGUUUGAAUUGUGCUAGCUCUGCCCUUGAUCUGCCUCUUUGACAGUCUCAGCCAAUCCUAUGGGGAAGCAUUGUAAUUGGAUCAGGCUUCCACUUCUGAUGAUUUCAGCCGGUCUAAAGGAAACUGGGAGAAAAUAAGCAGCUGCAGACUUGAAUACAAGUAAAAUUUUACUAUAUUUAGGGAGGCAAGAGGGUGGAAGGGGAGCUAGAUGGUGGUUUUAACCCUAUAGGGUCAGGAAUACAUGUUUGUAUUCCUAACCCUAUAGUGCUCCUAUAAAUACUUCUUUAAUGCAUUUGAUACUUUUAAGCCUCAUUAAUGUGCGGUAUUUUGUCAGUUUCAAAUCGUGGGGGUUUUUGCAUAAAAGAAACAAAUGUCUUCUCACUCUAUAAAAAGACUUCAAAGAUAUGCACACACCUAAGCCAAUGACAGUACUGAAUGACCUAAACAACAAAACAACCACAUUAGAAGGAUUAGAAUUAGAGGACACCCUGGGUGACGUAUAGUAAGGAUUUCACCACUGUUUAUAGUUUCUCUGACUGUCUGCAGGCUGGCUUUGAAUUAAAAGCCACUCAGUGCUGUAGGGGCUGAGACUGUGUGCAUACCUGUGUCCUCACCAAAGGCAUAUACAUUCCCAAAGUUGGCAUGGCCAGGGGGGAUAUCAUUGGUCUCCUCACUGGAUGUGGAGACUUCUCUGGCCACCGCUCGAGCAGCACCGGCCCUGUAGGGGCUGGCAAGGGUAAGCCCUCGAUCUCUCCCACUUGGUCUUAGCCUAUGGCCAUUGCGGUCCACUAAGAAUUUGCUCAGUUUGCCCAAUGUCCAGUCCAGACUAUUGAAUGGAUGAAAACGGAUUGUAUGCCUUACAUUAAGCACUCAGUUUUGGAAUUCACAAUCCUGCCAAAGAGGAGUUAUGGUGUAUUUGUAGCAAUUGCCUCUUACAGAGAAGGACUGAAUCAGAUGCUUCUUAAUGAAAAAAAAAAAAAAUAGCUGCAUUUAUGUCAUUGUGCUGUGUGUAAUGAUGCCGAAUAUUCAGAUAAUUUUAAGGAGGAAAUGUCUCUGGUGUCUGUCAGUCUGACUAGUGUUGUGCCUCUGGACAAAUGUAAACGUUAACAUUUCUCUGAAACACCAAUAGUUUACAUUGUCCAAGAUAAAGCACAGCUUCCAUUCACCAAAACCACUACAAGGUGGUUUUGGUGCUUAUAGUUUCCCUUUAAUCUACAUUGAUAGGCAGAGGAUGAUGGCACGUGGCUCUCAUUUUACUUUCAGGGCUAUCAUUUAGAGGUGGAGACUGAGAGGGUGACUAUGGAAAUAGUAUUACAAUGCAUUUUUUUAAUCUAUAGACAGAGACUAAUGUUGAAAUAUUAUUAUUUUACUAUCUACCCUUCCUUCUUCUUAUUGGUACUUAACAUGGACACUGUUUGGUCACUGUAAACGUAUGUUGUGGGAUAGGGCACACACAGGGCCGCGAUAACCUUUGGUUUUAUUAUACUGGGGAUCAGGUGUAUGUGUAAUCAGUGGUUUGGACAAAAUUCCCUAUAUGUUCAUCACCAUGCAUUUCCACUCAAUGUAUCCUUAUCACCUACUUUUGUCAAUGGAUUGUUACUGGUAGGCUGAUAAGCUGGGAGUAGCUGCUGCACCUGAUUUGAGGCUUCCUAAAUGAAGCCUCGGAUAUUGAGUGGAAAUGUAGGGACAGAGUAACGGGGCGCCAGUUUGCAGAUUUGGGGUUUAAACAGUUCGUUAAAGGUUUACCCCUUCAGGUAAGAGGAUGCUGGAAACCUCCUUGCACCAUGACAACAUUGUUGUGAUUAAGUUGCCGAAUUGUCCCUUUAAGAGUUAAGUUACUGUUUAUUUUCAUUAUUUGUGCAACUUAAACCAUUGUAAACCAUAUCACAUACUGACAUUUCAGCAGUAUUUUCUAUUUCUAACAUAAAUACUGCUGUUCAAACAUUAAAGUAGAAUGUUUGUCAGCAGGUCCCUUUGGGCUUUCAUUUAAGCUUGAUUCAUACUGCACAAUAUCAAGAGUCUCCCACAAGUCUUCAUUAGUUAAAAUGUUUGUUCAGGAAAAAUAUGGAUUAUCUCUCCAAGAGGGAAAGCACAUCCUGAUCCACUUACACAUUUAACCUAUUCAGACUUUAGGAACAUCACUGUAUAACAGUGAAUUUAUUUAAGUAUCAAAUACUAUCAAGUAGUGGUGGGCUUAACACAAAAUGGCCACGUGGUGGGACUGAAUCCCCAUAUUUGUUUGCUGAGAUAGGUGAUUCCAAGUAGCCUUAUCAAAAUUAAAAAUUUAUUGAGGGUAUCAUUCUCAGCUCUGGGAUGGAGAGAACCGCUGUCAGCUUGAGGAAAAAAAAAAAAAAAUCAAACAAAUUACUUAGCUAAUUAACUCUUUGUGUGCCUCUGCAUAUGGCUACUAUGAAAAUGUACAUGCAAAUCUAUGACCCAAAAGGGAGUUGCACAAAAAAUUAAAAGUAGAGCUCUGAUACCCCUCCUAGCAGAUGAAGCGCCAGGUGCUGAAUAAGGAAAUGGACAGCACCCAGAGGGAUAGCUUCAGGUAAGGAUAUCUGCUCUUUACAGCACCCUUGGUCCAAGCAGGGAUUUUGUCUUUGGGAUCUUAGCAAAAUACUGCUGAAGGUACCAGAGCCACUUUAUGAGGAUACUCUAAGCACUAUAAUCAUGCAUUAUUCAUUGGACGACUCUCUCUGUCAGUGAAUAAUGUCCAAACUUGAUAUAUUGAUGAAUGUUAAAGUAUUAACGUCAGGCAGACCAUCAGAGCCGGACAGAGCCAGACAAGUGUCAAACAUGCGGUUUGACAGCUUACCUUGGAAUGGGGCUAUGGGGCCCGCCGACUGUAGUCAUAAUGCUGCUUAGAGUAUCCUUUUAAUAAAAUAUCAGAGUUUAUUAACUAAUUGUCUUACCUUUUCCAUUAUUUAAAAUAAUAAAAAUGUAUAUUCGCAUGUAAGCAUAAGUAAACCCAGGAACAUGAGUGUCCUGUUGCAUUAUGGAAUUAAUGGUGUCAGUCAUUAUUACGUUACAAAAUGCAUGCUUGAAACAAAUAGUGUAGAAUCAAUACUUAUUCAUUUAUUGCUUAUAAUCCAAUUGCAGUAUGAAUAGUAUAUGUACAGUUCACAUAAGGUGACACCAGCAGCUGCUUACAAUAUUGGCAUGCCUUUUAAAUGGAAAGUAAAAGAUCAAGUUCCAGUUUUCAUUUUUUUUUUGUAACUAGUUGGAUCCAAGAGUGAAUGAAGCAGAACACAGUCAGUAUAUAAUAUAAAACUUAAAACAUUAUAGAAAACUAUCACAGUGUAAACAAAAUAUACUUCUUCACAUUCCAUAAGCUCCAUUCCAUUACAUCACUAGGUUUGUACAUUUUCGUUCACUUAGACAUUCCAUGCCACGUUCCGUUACAAUAAUAUAAUUAAUACCCUAUUAAUGACAUGGAGUUCAUGGAAAGGAAACUCAAUUACAGGAACAUUCCCUUUUUCCUUCAUACUCCUAAGACGCUACUGACCUCUCUUUUCCUCCAGCAAUGUCAUCGAGGAGGGUUUGCUUCCUUGUUGCUUGAUUAAUCCAAGGCUCCUUAUAAAGGGGUAUUGUGGACUGAUGUGCACAUUCCCUGCAUCCAAUGCUUCCCACAUGAAAUAAUUUAAUCCAAUGCUUUCCCAUCCCACCCAACCAUCCUUGUGGGACUGUCAUGUCUUUCAGGUCCUGUCUUGUUGUUUUGCUUUUGGGGACACCAGGGAACUGACUACAACAGUUGUAGCAUGAGCAUAAGAUAUGCUUGCGCUGUGAUCAGGGCACUAGGACACUGCAAGGAGCACUAAAACAGUGGACUGGCCUGAAUGAUAUAUAUUCACACCAGGCUGGCUGGCCUGCCAAUAACUCUGACAUUUUUUUUUCUGACAUUUUCUGAGUGUGUCUACACUUUGGGGCAGAGCUAGUGGUGCAAAUACUGCCCCCUAUGGGGAGGUAUGCUUUCCUAUGAGCUUGAAUGUCAUGUGAUCGAAUGUCCUAUGAGCUAGAAUGUCACGUGAUCCAAAUUUCUUGUCCAUUGCAGUGGAUAUGCCUCUAGUGGCUGUCUUGAUGAAAGCCACCAGAGGAAUUUUGAACCCUUCAAGGUAAACAUAGUUGUUUUUUCUGCAAAACGACAAUGUUUUACCUUGAAGGGCUAAACACACGGGAACACUGCACCCAGAACACGUAAUUGAGAUAAAAUGGCCAGGCUGCUUUUAGUGGUCCUUAACCGCUAUCAGCAAUGCGUGCACAUGUUGUUGGUUUUGUUGUGCAUUGCAUUCCAUGUGAAAACUACAUUUUCAGAUACCAAUCUCUUUUUUGCCUCUGCUUUAGCACUUGUGUUUAUCUGGUAGAGCAGCAAACGUUGCAGUCUUAGCUGUGGUCUGUCUCUUUACCUUUCACAUCAGUACUGUAAAUUGCAUCACCUUCUACUGCACUGAUUAAUAUUAUGUAUAGAAUAGUAUGCACAGGGGAGAAGAAGAUAAUGAAGACUCAGGGCACACAUUUGGGCAUAUGCAGAGGUAGAUAAGCAUUAUGCUGACACUUCUGAAAAAACAACUUAUACCGUGUGUUGAUUUUUUAAAAUAUUUGUAUAGCAUUUAAAAAGAUAAAUAGAAUUUUUAGAACAAACUUGGACUUUUUUUUAUUGCAGAUGGUAUUUACUAUCAUAGUUGGAGAUUACCGAUUGAGCUAUAAAAAAUAUAUUUUUAAUGUUUGACUGCUGGUGUCACAUGGUCUCGACAUGUAUUGUGUAUGAUACCCGUGAAUGUGGGCUGUGUACGGGUGCUCAUUAUUACAGCAAAAAAACACACAAUAGGUGAAGCAAUGUGAAUUAUACGUCUCUAUUACUGGAUAUAAUGUUUUUUUUACAGGGAAAACAAAGAGAAGAGGUGUGUGUAUGUAUAAAGCACAAUUAAUAGAAAGUAAUCACACUCACAAACUUAGAGACAGUUUUGCCACUUGGCUCAAGUGUAUGGCACACUAGGAUGAUAUUGGUAGAUCCUGAUCCUCUUUUGAAAGAUAACUUCCUUGAAACUAUUCUUGUGAUAUCUCAACAGGAAAGGUUUCAUAGCAUAAUACUGAAUAAUGCAAAAUGAUGUAUAUAAAUAGAGGCACUAACAUGGUUACAAAUGUUUGUAGCCCAUUCAGAAUAUACAUGGUAUUAAAAUAUCCAGGAGUCUUCCACAGGAAUUAUAACAAAUCCUUUUAUUGGUGCAGUAAAAGAUAAAAACACAUAAAAAUAUGAAAAUAAAAUACAAAUAAAUGAUGCCCAAAAUGGGGAGGGAAUAAAUCCAGUGUCCAAUGUCAAUAACCAAAAUGUGUUUUGCCUCCUAUAUAGGCUUCUUCAGCUGUGUUCCUCCCCUCUCUGAGCUUCCUUUUAAGUAUUGGCAAGUUACGAUCGAAAUUUACAUCCGGGAUACCACUUUUCCAUCCUGGAACUCAGAUUGCAUUCCAUCUUCUAGAGUUCGAGUCUCAGAGUGAUGGUUGCGUCACUUCUGGCGCAACGGACAUUCGAGUUGGAUAGCAUCCUCUGUGACCUGUUCCAACUCGAAUAUCCGUCGUGCCAGAAGUGAUGCGAUCAUCCCUCUGCAUAUUUAGGCGGUAAUUAUACAAAAAGUAGUGUUCUCUACAUUGCUCCACCUAAUGUGUGUAUUUUUGCUGUAUGGUCACUAACCCUGUAUGUGCUAAAUUUUUAAUUGUUGCACAUAGAGACUCCAAGCACCAUGAUGACUUUAAAACACUAAAGUGAGCAUGGUGCUUGGAAUAACCCUUAAAGGGGGCUUGAACAUACUGCUUUAUGUUACUGAUGAUGUCAAGUUUCCCUCCCCCAUUGUACUCUGUCGUUGUGCCGGGCCAGUCUCAUAUAUCAUUCAUAUCAAAGAAUAAAAAUGGUUAUAAAAAGAAAAUAGAACUCAUAGCUAACAUUUAUUUAUCAGUCCUUCUCCCAAAAGGAUUCAACAAGACAGUCCAAAAUUUGGGCUCCUGUCUUGCCAGGUAUAUUCGCUGGUGUUCCAUUUCUGGGAACACUAGCGAGAGCGCAUCGUUAGCUUUAAAUUAGCUCUGCAUCUGGGAUACUAGACCUUCAGGAAAUAAACUAAUUCCUUUCUCCGGAGUCCCCAGCUGUUUUUUUCCUCUUCUCUUUCAUUUCAGCUCUUUUCUGACAUCUGCUAUAACUCUUCUCUUUAUUUCUUUUCUCUUAAUAAAGAUCAGACCACUCUAUGCAAAGUUCUUUAUAUAUCCUUGGAUUCCCUUUGCCUCCGUUUAUUAUGUUGCAUUAGGUUAAAAUUUUCAGACAUUUUAAUUCUAAAAACAAUGCAAUAUAGUGCAAGGAUUUUUGGCUAAUAUAUACAGCCUUAAAAUAUGUUUUGUGUUCUAAACAGCUAUCAUUAAAGGGAUUCUAAAGUGUAAGGAAUACAAAAAUUGUAUACCUUACACCAUAGUGCCCUCUGGUCCACUACAUGAAACUCCACUGUGUUGUCGGAAUUACAUCUUUUUCACCAGUACAUGAGACCUAGAAUGCUGGUCAAGCACAAAUGAUGGCACAGCUAAAUAUAUCCUGAUGUCCUUAGAGUUUCCAUGAGCACCAGUUUUGACAUCAUCUGGUUACCAUAACGAAGCUAUCUGGAAGAGUGUCAAUCCCAGUUUACGUAUUUUGGCUGUACACUGCUACUUUACACAAGCAGUUAGGUGUCAAUUUUCAUUUUUUAAGUUGGAGGGAUAAUUCUGACAGCUAGAACUGUAUGAAUAUCCAGAUUAGCUCCAAGUACUUUCUGGUUUGCAUUAAGAGGAAUGACUAAUCCAAUCAUUUGUCCCAAUAUGAGGCUGUUGGUAUGACCUUUCAUAACCUAUUAUUUCAUUAUUCCAAAACAUAUAUUAGUCCAAAACAGCAAAGGAGGAAAAAAAGAAAAGAAAUAUGGCAAGCUUCACAGUUUCCUCUUUGCUACAUUGCACUUCUUUAUUGUUUCAAUAUGCAUCGUCCCUUAUUAUGUUCUAUUUUAAUUUUGACGUAAUCCUGUACACUACAUGUGAGAGAUUUUAACAAAAAAACAGGGCUUUUUACAGAACCUAAACCCCAUCUUGUCGCCUGAUGCAGAGGUUUUCCUUUACCAUUAUCCAUCCAACCUGAACAUUGGAUAUUGAUAGGUUGCAAUGCUUAUAUCAGUCAAUCAAUGUAAUUCAUGUUGGACAGAAUUGACACUGCCCAAAUACAAAUGUAUUUAUUUACAAAAAUAAAUAUUUAGUCGAUAUAUACCAAAUGAAAACAUGCACGCAUUUCAGUAUGCAUUUUUUCAUUGAGGGUAUAACUAAAAACAGCUUGCAAAAGCUGUAGAUCUCUUGACUGCAGUCUUUGCAAGCCCUCCCCUUCUAAUCCCACCCAGACAUCCUGUGGCUAGUAGCUAUCCAAUCUCAGACUUCUCAAUGCAGCUCAUUUGAGACGUCUUUGCAAGGCAGGUGCUCUGGGCAAACCUGCUAGCUCUUGAGUUUAACUCCACUGAGCUAACCAAACCAGGAAGUAACAGGACCAGCUGUCUGAUUGACAGCCAGGGAGGUGUAACCAGGCUAACUCCUCUCCUACACAAUUGACUGCUUGAGAGCAUUUCCCCAGUGCAUUAUGUCAACCAGCUAGCUUCAAUGCCAGUAAAUCAUGUCUGAAAGGAGUGACUCUACUUGUAUACUCCAGUGUUCCACAUUGAAAUAAUUACACCCAGUACAUCACAUUCAAAUUAGUUCCUGUGAAGGAGAUCAAGAGAAGCAACUCUAGGAGGAAGAGGAGGAACCAUCAAUUUAUAUUUAGAUUUAUUAAACAUUUAAAUAAUUAUUAGCUGCACUUUUUAAUUGUUACUGAAUUGGCCUACAUAUUCUUUCCUUCCAGACACAAUGAUAUCAUACAGAGUACCCAACUCUCUCCCUGUGCACUCCUUUCUCAAGAAAAUGCCUACUUCGGUGUUUCACCAACUGGCAAAACACAACAUGAAUAUUGAUUUAAUCUGCUGUUAAGAAGGAGGCUUGGCAUUGGCUCUAAGCUCCUUAUGGCCAAGGAUGCAGUAAUUGUGCUCUAACAACCUAGUAUUUUAAAAGCCUACAUGAACAUAGAAUUGUCCUUUCAUCUGUUGAUAGCAACAAUCCUACAUACUAGAUCGGGGGUGUCAAAACACAUUUGUUCUAUGGAGCCAAAUUGUCCACCGAAAUAGGUUUGGAGGGUUACAUGCAUAAAAAUUCUAUAUGUACCGUAUUUUCCGGCGUAUAAGACGACUGGGUGUAUAAGACGACCCCCAACUUUUCCAGUUAAAAUAUAGAGUUUGGGAUAUACUCGCCGUAUAAGACUACCCCUCUUCCAAUGCACUACAAAUAAAAAUUAGCCAUGAUGUACAGUGAGCAGACAGAGCUACACAGCAAGACAUAAAAUAAUGAUAAUCUGAAAUAGCAUUUAAAGCCCAGGUAUGUGCCAGGCUGUUUGGGCAUAUAAUCCAUGCCUGCUGGUCUAGCACACAGGAGGCUAAUUGCGAUAUAUUCUUUUUAAUACCCCCCUCCAUUCUUUUUACUCCCCCCCUCCAUUCUUUUUACUCCCCCCCCAAUCCUCCCUACAUUCUUCUCACCUCCCCUUCCCUGUGCAGAGUGGGUGGCCGAGCUCCUCUUCGUCCUGUCAGUCCGGCCGGGUACCGCGCGGUACAGGAGAUUCAGUUACCUGUUCCCGGCCGGACUGAAAGGAAGUGAGCACUCAGUGUGCACUUCCUUUCAGUCCGGCCGGGAACAGGUAACUGAAUCUCCUGUACCACGCGGUACCCGCCGGACUGACAGGACGAAGAGGAGCUCGGCCACCCACUCUGCACAGGGAAGGGGAGGUGAGAAGAGAGGCAGUGCGGCAGCCGUCUGAGCGCUCUCUAUAGAGCGUCAGGCGGCUGCAGCAUUAGAAGGGCCGGCGAUGGGGGCGCAGGGCGCCCCCGGCAGCCAUAUAGACCCUAUACCUGGCGUAUAAGACGACCCCCGACUUUGGAGAAGAUUUUCCAGGGUUAAAAAGUCAUCUUAUACGCCAGAAAAUACAGUAUAUACACAUGAGCAGACAAGACCGUAAGUAGGCACUUAAAGUCAUAAAUGCACUUACAUAAAGUCAUAAAUGCAAUUUAUUGCUUUCUUACAACAAUAAAUAAAUGUGCAUUUGUGUGUAGUGUUGGCGUUUGAAUGCAGUUGUGUGUUAGUAUGUACUAUUGCAGUUUGAAUGCAAUGAUGUGUUUGUGUGUAGUGUUGACAGUAGAAAGCAAGAGUAUAUCUAUGCAUAGUGUUAGCGCAUGAAGUUGUCUGUGUGUAGUGUGUGCGUUUGAAUGCAGGGGUAUGUUUGUGUGCAUUGUUAGUGUAUGCACUGCCACACACACCAAUACACAUACUGACACAAAUACACAAACACACUUACAUGGUUAUUUACUAAAGUGAGAAUUCAGAGUGAGAGCAUAGUGAAUUUCACAUUUUAGGCAAAAUGAGCCAAAAUGGAGUUGGAGAAUUUUCCCAGUUUGGCUAUUUUGACCUUAACUGUGAAAUUCUCUUUGAAUUCUCACUUUAGUGAAUGACCUUGUUACACACAUAUAGAUACACAAUUACAGAUACACACUAACAAAGAUAUGUACACUCAGAUACACACAGGUACACAGACACACAUAUAUAAGUAACAAUUAAUAGCUUUAGCCACCCUCAUGUAUCCUUUGUUUUUAGGUGCAGGAGGUGUUCCUAGAUUCUAGUGGAACUUGGCUGGUCAAGGCCGGUGGGAUUCUGUAGUUCCAGACUUAAAGGAACACUGUAGUCACCUAAAUUACUUUAGCUAAAUAAAGCAGUUUUAGUGUAUAGAUCAUUCCCCUGCAAUUUCACUGCUCAAUUCACUGUCAUUUAGGAGUUAAAUCACUUUGUUUCUGUUUGUGCAGCCCUAGCCACACCUCCCCUGGCUAUGAUUGACAGAGCCUGCAUGAAAAAAACAAACUGGUUUCACUUUCAAACAGAUGUAAUUUACCUUAUAUAAUUGUAUCUCAAUCUCUAAAUUGAACUUUAAUCACAUACAGGAGGCUCUUGCAGGGUCUAGCAAGCUACUAACAUAGCAGGGGAUAAGAAAAUCUUAAUUUAAACAGAACUUGCAAUAAAGAAAGCCUAAAUAGGGCUCUCUUUACAUGAAGUGUUUAUGGAAGGCUGUGCAAGUCACAUGCAGGGAGGUGUGACUAGGGUUCAUAAACAAAGGGAUUUAACUCCUAAAUGGCAGAGGAUUGAGCAGUGAGGCUGCAGGGGCAUGUUCUAUACACCAAAACUGCUUCAUUAAGCUAAAGUUGUUCAGGUGACUAUAGUGUCCCUUUAAUCUCCCCCUCCUGUGUGUGUGUGUGUGGGUCUGCUCCUGUCUUCCAGCAUGGCCCUCAGCAAGCUGGGAGCAAGUGACCUGAAAUCACUUCCUCCUACUUGGCCUUGGGGGGAAACUAACACUAUGACAGGGCCCAGUCUGGUGCCCAAUUAAAGAGCUGUUGGGUGUCCUAACACUAAAGGAUCCCCAGUGGCAAGUAAAGGGUUAAACAAAUAAACAACCUCUUUUUAUACACUUUAUUCGGUGCUAAAGUCCCUCGGUGCUGGGUUGGGCUCCUUCGAUUUCGUCAGCCGAUGAAGGGACCUAUUGCGUAUGCUGCACGCAUUAGGCUUUCUCCACAGGAAAUAAUUAACUCAAUGCUUUGCUGUGGGGUAUUAGAAGAUGGACAUCCAGCGUUGUUUCACUCAGUCAAAAUCCAUGAAAGGCCAGGAAACACCUCUAGUGGCUGUCUGGGAGACAACCUCUAGAAGCUGUCUUAACCCUGCAGUGUAGAGAAACUGCAGUGUUUGCUGCUGCAGGACUAAGUGGACAGGGAUAGGGAACCCAGACCACUUCAAUCAGAUGAUGUGGUCUGGGUGUCUAUAGUGCCCCUCUAAUGCUUUAUAUUAAUAUGGAGAAUGUAGAAGUGUCAAGGAAACAUAUGUUUAUAUGGAAAACAGAAUACGCUAUUUUUAAUUUUCUGUUCUACACUUUAAAGAAGAUUUGUAAGGCUUGUAAACUCAAUCUAUAUAAUAUUGGUCACAACUAUUUAAAACCAAUGUCAUGCCAAACACAUCUUGCACUUGUGAUAUUUUGCAUUUAACUUGUAGACAAUUUCAAUCCUCUUUUACUAAUGUAUGUUUUAUUUUUUAAUUUCAGAUGCUGUUCUUGUUCCACUUGGCUCCACUUUAGCAAUCGAUCCUCCUGAAUCCUGGGAUUGUGAUUCUAAUCCAGAAAAUUGUAACUUCACGGCUACACUGAGCUCUACUCCAUAUGAAGUAGAUCCUACUGUCAAUGGACGCUCUUCUAUCCUAUCUUCCCCACCAAUCUUCAUUACCCUACACUCUGACUGGAAUACAUCAGUGGCUGAUUGGGGAGUUGCUUGGGAAGCCCUUGUAUAUGGCUCUGUAGGUCUUUUUGGGACAGUGGCUUUACUUGCCCUUCUCUCAUUCUUCUGCCUUGUGUUCCGAUGUCCAUCAGGGAGCUUUUACUUUGCAAUCUUACACCUACUAUUAAUCGCUGUUAGUAGCAGUAGAGCUUUUGCUCUGUUCUAUGAUGCAUAUGGCCAUCAAGACAGACUCCCAGUUUUCACAGCCUUGCUCCUUCAUGACCUGGCCUUUCCAUGCAUGACCUCAAGCUUUGGUAUUGCUUUCCUGUUGCUUUCCUCAAGAUGUCGUUUACAGCAUUCCACCCCCAGAUUUCCUAGACUCUGUAUUCUAAGUGCUGUAGUAUUCCUUCAUUUCAUGGUUGCUGCCGGUGCUGUGGUAAUUGUGGAUCUAUUGCAACAGUUUCUAUUUCUACUACUUGUUUCUCGAGGAGUAUAUGUAGUCCUUACUGUUCUACUUUCACUCUCAUUUUUUAUUUUUUAUUGCGUAGUGAGAAACCAAAACACCCAAAUUUAUGACCUCAAGAGCUCUACUCCUCCAACUGAAUAUACCAAUGGAUGUCCAUUUGCAGACUCAAAAGAUUGGAACAGGGUGGUUUGCACUGUUUUGGUGUCUGCCUUUUUCGGCCUUUUGAACGCUGGUCUACAAUUAUAUGCAAUGCUCUAUGCGUUGGGUUAUGGAGGAUCUAUUGUUUUUGGUCCUUGGCCUUGGUGGGCUUUCCAGUUGAGUUCUAGUGUUUGCGAAGUGGGCGUGUGCCUUCCCCUUGCUGUAGUAGGUGCUUACCCACUCUUCUGUGCCAACAACAUAGGAAGAACAAACUGCUGGACAAAGCUAUUCCAUCUUUCUCCCAGUCACGUUACAAUGAAGGCACCCAUUUUGGCCUCCAACUCGCAGUGGGCAUCCUCACAGCAUGAAAAGUUGAUCUGUGACACCAUUGUCAGAAGUGACUCUGAGUUCUUCCCACUGUACACACUGGUAGAGAAGCGAAUGAGCGUUGGGGAAGAACUGAGCUUGAUAUACCACAGCAGUAAAAGCCUUGAGGUGCCAGGUCUGAACCUCUACAAUGGUUCAAAAACACCUUCAUUCAUUAGUGUUCAGAUGGACAGUGACUCCACAGUCGAUUUCCGGCCCCCAUCUCCAAUAAACUUGCGCCGCAGCAUUGAUGAAGCAUUAUUCAGUGAGUCACUGAUACCCCAAAGCCUUUUCCAUGGUACUACUUUAUCAAGCAGUUUAUCCCUCACGGUCAGGAGUGCAACACAGCUGGAAGACUGCGUAUUCAAAGAGAAGGCAGCGGACAGGGGGCUUUACAGGACUUCUUCUUGCAUGGAAAUAGAAGCAGGUGUGCCAAUAAUAGAGCCUGCCAUCACCAGCACAAUCAAGCAAGAUACUGCAGGAACCUCUUACCUAGGGACAUGGAAGGGAGAGGAGAGCACCACAAGUUCUCUGUGUAAGAUGUCUCUCGAUGGGUCAUCCCUGGUGCUGUGUUCCAGCCCUGAGCAUGCAGGCACAUUCACAUACAGUUCCGAAAAGAAGCAUGAGUCUAAUCGUCAAUCUCAGGGAGUAUAUCAUACCCUGUCUCCUCCAUCCCAGGAGUCCUUGGAUGUUACAACCAAUACGGAAAACAGCUUAAGAGAGAAUUUAAUAGAUGUUUUUGGACCCAUAGAUUCUCUAAGUGUUGGAAGUGAUACCAUUGACCUUUGAAUGCGACUAACGUUUUGGGAAGAGGACCUAAUGGGACUUAAUGGCUGCAGGCAUGCUAGUUUACGGAGCUUUCUGUAAUAGCAAACCAAGCAGAUAUGUAUAAAAUACAUAUUUUUAGGCAGAAGUUGUAUUUAUUUAUCACCAAGAAGUUCUAUUGAUGUACUGGUAUAAAUAUUAUUAUAAAUGUCAAGUAGUUUUUAUUCAUAGUUUUGUUAUUGGUUACCAUAUAUUCCCUAAACUGUGCCAUUGCUUCAACAGAGUACUUUAUAAUGUUUCCAAAUUAUAUUUUAUUAAGAUAAAACAUCUAGUGAUCCUGUGCUGCCCAAAUAUUGAGGAUAUGCUGUAUAUAAAUCCGAUAGCUGGGAGAGUGAAUCCUUUUACAUCAGUGAUAUAAAACAAUAUUACAUAUUUUUAAGUAGUUUGAUCAUUCAAAAAACUCAUAAUGUUACUAACUGAGCUACAACCCAUCUCUACAGCAACGUUCUAUUAUUCUGUAUAAAUACACCUAUUACAAUUUGUUGGUUUCAAACACUAUACACAUUAUAGUACAAGGUUAGGCUACUUUUAAUUAUGCUGGAUGUUUAUUCUGUAUUAUUUCUUUGAAUAACCAUUUUGUUCUAUUAGUCCAUCUCUUAUUCUCCUUUACCCCAAACCAGCGGUUUCCUUUUUAUACAUUUCUAUACAACACCAUCAUCACAUACUGUCGUAUUAUUAGAGGAUGCCGAUUUAAUGAGAGCUCGUUUUUUAUGUGCAGCAAAACAUGAAUAUAAUGGUUUCCCUAUUUUUAACAUAUUAUCUAGAAUAGAUAGUGUUUUUAAAAACAGAUAGUGUUCAGGUCCAGCCAGUUCUUUUCAUGUAACAUCUUCACACUACUUUUCCUCAAUUAUAACCCAUUGUUCUUAUUGUACCAAAGUAUAUUUUAUGCUACUCCCCAUGACAUUCAAAAAUUGUCAGUUUAAAAAAUAAUAUAUAUAUAUAUAUAUAUAUGUUAUUCUUCAAUAGUCUGACUCUUCAGUAGUCUUACUACCAAAACAUUUGCAAGUCAGACUUUUUUUACAGGACAAUAACUUUACGCCAUGCAACAUCAAAAGCAGCAGGUCUCAAAGCUGAUAAGACCCUUGUAAUAACUUAUUGUAAAAUAUGAUGACCAGUGGGUCCAAAUUUAUACUGCAAAUAUGUUUAGUAUUUCAGGGAAUGACAAUACUCACUACCUGACAAAUUCAGAGGGACUGCAUGAACUAGCUUAAGCUAGUUCUGGCUGUAAUAUUAGAAUACUGCAAAUAUUGGCUAUAUCUUUCAACCUUAGACACUAUUAUCCUCAUGUGAAGCUAUUUUUUAAGUAAUCGUUCUAUAUACUAAUUCCUACUGCCACUUAAAGGGACAAUAUAGUCGCCAAACAACUUUAGCUUAAUGAAGCUGUUUUUGUGUCUCUGAAUUUCCACUGCUCAAUUCACAUCUAUGUAGGAGUUAAAGGGACACUAUAGUCAAUAAAACAUCUUUUUGCAGCUCUAGCCACACCUCCUCUGGCUGUAACUGACACAGCCUACAUGAAAACAAAGUGGUUUAAUUUUCAAUCAGAUGUAACUUAUUUUAAACGUUUUAAGCUCCUGCUUUGUAAUUAAACUUUAAGUACAUACAGGAGGCUACUGCAUGGUCUAGCAAACUUAGCAGAGUAGGAGAUAAGAAAUUCUACAUUUAACAGAAUUUGCAAUAAAGGAAAUAUAAACAUUAGAGGACUCUUUACAGAAAGUGUUUAGGAACGCUGUGUAAGUCACAUGCAGGGAGUUGUAAUUAGGGCUGUAUAAACAAAGUAAUGUAACUCCUAAAUGGCAGAGAAUUGAGCAGUGAGACUGCACGGGCAUGAUCCAUACACACAAAAAAACAAACUGCUUCAUUUAGCCAAGGAUGUAUUGGUGACUAUAGUGUCCUUUUAAGAUACACACAUAUACAUUGUAUCUUUAUUUUAAUCCUAGAAUCUUUUAGCAACAAAACACAAAUCUGUAAGAUGUAGCAGAAUCUGAUAAAAGAUAAAUUUAUAUAUUGGGGAUGUGCAAAACCAAGAAGAAUGAAUUGAAAUGUAGGUUUAGAUUUUAGCAAGUCACAAAUUAUCUUUACAUUUUCAUUGUGUAGAGCUGUAGAGAGGGCAAGCCAUAAGCCAGGUCAACUUGGGUAAUAUUGACUUCAAAGCUUCCCAGUUAUCCACCACAUCCUAAGAUCUAAAAUCAACCGUACCUUCAACCACUGAAAUGGAGCAGUCAUAAAUAGUUUCCUCUUUACUCACUGCCAAACAAAGAUGUACUACAUACAAAUGAAAAAAGCUCUUUACAUCAAACCAUUUGUCUAUUGUGAAUGUUUUAGACAUCAAGAAUGUUUUGUAUACCCUAUGUUUCAUUCCAUUUGUGGGAUACAUAUGACGGUGUUAUGUUUUUAAAGUUCUAAAAGAAAAUUUUAAUUGUAUUUCUUCUGUGAAUAAUAUGGAAUUGAAGUGAUUUAUUAAUAAAGUAUUUUUCAGAGUCUGG